UGUGACGUCGUGAGCCCACGCCUCUCUCGCGAUAUCAGCCGGGCGGAACCAUCAUGGCGGAGGGUAAGACUUCGGGCCUGCGGGCCAUCCCUGGGGAACCGUCGCUGAGAAAAAUAGUGAUGGUCAGCCAGAGUGUGCGACUUAAUCCAUAAACUGACUGACAGCAUGAGCGGGGAGGGGGGUACAUAGUGUGACAUGCAAACAAUAAACUGUACAUUGUGUAACAGGACAUUGUUAACUGUGUGUGUGUGUGUGUGUGUGUGUGUGUGUGUGAGAGAGAGACAGGGGCUUGUAUGCUGUGUGUAUGACAGGGGCUUGUAUGCUAACUGUGUGUGUGACAGGACAUUGUGUACUAACUGUGUUUGUGACAGGGGAUUGUAUGCUGUGUGUGUGUGUGUGUGUGUGACAGGGCAUUGUAUGUUAACUGUGUGUGUGUGUGAGAGACAGGACAUUGUAUGUUAAGUGUGUGUGUGAGAGACAGGACAUUGUAUGUUAAGUGUGUGUGUGAGAGACAGGACAUUGUAUGUUAACUGUGUGUGUGAGAGACAGGACAUUGUAUGUUAACUGUGUGUGUGUGAGACAGGACAUUGUAUGUUAACUGUGUGUGUGUGAGACAGGACAUUGUAUGUUAACUGUGUGUGUGUGUGUGUGUGUGUGACAGGACAUUGUAUGCUAACUGUGUGUGACAGGACAUUGUAUGCUAACUGUGUGUGACAGGACAUUGUAUGCUAACUGUGUGUGUGACAAGACAUUGUAUGCUGUGUGUGUGACAAGACAUUGUAUGCUGUGUGUGUGACAAGACAUUGUAUGCUGUGUGUGUGACAGGACAUUGUAUGCUGUGUGUGUGACAGGACAUUGUAUGCUAACUUUGUGUGUGACAGGACAUUGUAUGUUAACUGUGUGUGUGUGUGACAGGACAUUGUAUGUUAACUGUGUGUGUGUGUGACAGGACAUUGUAUGCUAACUGUGUGUGACAGGACAUUGUAUGCUAAAUGUGUGUGACAGGACAUUGUAUGCUAACUGUGUGUGUGACAAGACAUUGUAUGCUGUGUGUGUGACAGGACAUUGUAUGCUAACUGUGUGUGUGACAGGGCAUUGUAUGUUAACUGUGUGUGUGUCAGGGCAUUGUAUGUUAACUGUGUGUGUGUCAGGGCAUUGUAUGUUAACUGUGUGUGUGUCAGGGCAUUGUAUGUUAACUGUGUGUGUGACAGGACAUUGUAUGCUGUGUGUGUGUGACAGGACAUUGUAUGCUAACUAUGUGUGUGUGUGACAGGACAUUGUAUGCUAACUGUGUGUGUGUGUGACAGUACAUUGUAUGCUAACUGUGUGUGUGACAGGACAUUGUAUGCUAACUGUGUGUGUGACAGGACAUUGUAUGCUAACUGUGUGUGUGACAGGACAUUGUAUACUAACUGUGUGUGUGUGACAAGACAUUGUAUGCUGUGUGUGUGACAGGACAUUGUAUGCUAACUGUGUGUGUGACAGGGCAUUGUAUGUUAACUGUGUGUGUGUGUGUGUGUGUGAGACAGGGCAUUGUAGGUUAGCUGUAUGUGUGACGGCAUUUUGUGUGUGACAGGACAUUGUAUGAUAACUGUGUGUGUGUGUGACAGGACAUUGUAUGCUAACUGUGUGUGUGACAGGACAUUGUAUGCUAACUGUGUGUGACAAGACAUUGUAUGCUGUGUGUGUGACAGGACAUUGUAUGCUUACUGUGUGUGUGACAGGGCAUUGUAUGCUAACUGUGUGUGUGUGACAGGGCAUUGUAUGCUAACUGUGUGUGUGUGACAGGACAUUGUAUGCUAACUGUGUGUGUGUGAGACAGGACAUUGUAUGCUAACUGUGUGUGUGUGUGACAGGACAUUGUAUGCUGUGUGUGUGUGUGUGUGUGUGACUGGACAUUGUAUGCUAACUGUGUGUGUGUGUGACUGGACAUUGUAUGCUAACUGUGUGUGUGUGUGACUGGACAUUGUAUGCUAACUGUGUGUGUGUGUGACUGGACAUUGUAUGCUAACUGUGUGUGUGUGAGAGACAGGACAUUGUAUGCUAACUGUGUGUGUGACAGGACAUUGUAUGCUAACUGUGUGUGUGACAGGACAUUGUAUGUUAACUGUGUGUGUGACAGGGCAUUGUAUGUUAACUGUGUGUGUGUCAGGACAUUGUAUGUUAACUGUGUGUGUGUGUGUGACAGGACAUUGUAGGUUACGUAUGUGGGACAGGGCAUUGUAGGUUAGCUGUAUGUGUGAUGGCAUUUUGUGUGUGACAGGGCAUUGUAUUUCUCAGAAUGUGAUACACAUGCUAGUUACUAGACCGGGCAUGUAAUUCACAUUUUACUUUUCAGGCUGGAGAUGAGAUGCACUUAUUAGAUACCGGGCUGGUGAUGAGCAUGUUGCUUCCUAGGUUAGGUUUUUGGCUGAAAUGUAACAUUAUUGAAGUUAAAUUUUAUAUUGAUGCUUCCUGUUGCACUAUUCAUGGUUUGUUUUGUUUUUUUACCAUUUCAUUACCAAUAUGCAUACAGGUAAUUGGCUUAGUUGUGCAUGCCAAAUAUCAUAUACACACACACAUAUUCACAUGCGUGCCAACUCUGGACUAAUCCAGCUGAUAAAUGUUUUUCUUACAUGUAGAUAGGGUCAGUCCUACUGUAAUAUACCUGACAUCCACUGAUGUUUCCACCAGCAUUAAAUAGGAGCCUACAUAGUUCAAUAUAUGCAGCAUUUCUGAAUAGCAUUCAGUGGAAAGGGUUAUGGGUAUGUUUAGACAUAUGUGCUGAAUGCAGCAGCAACAAUGUGCCAUGUCUUUUAUUAUUAUUAUUAUUAUUAUUAUUAUUAUUAUUAUUAUUAUUAUAUUUAUAGAGCGCUGUUAAAUUCCGCAGCGCUGUCUUUUAAAUAACAGAUGUCUGGUAUAGGACAUUGCUGCCAGCAGUGCACCUCCACAUUUUGUCAAGAGUUCUGAGCUUACUAUUGUUUAGUCUGUGAAUAUUUGGCAUCUGUUGCCAGCAUGAUAUAUAGAUCUCUCUCAGGAAAUGUGUUCUCAUGUCUAUAGGUACAGCACUGAACUAGUAAGAUAGGAAGCAGGAAUAGUAUAGGGCCUUUGCUAGCCAAGGGUCACUCCAGACCCCAAAAUAACUUUAGUUUGAGGAAAAGCUUUAUGUGUAAAAAGUGUGUCCUCUUCAUCAUCAUUAUCAUUUUGCAAAAAGUGCAGAUUUUAAUAGAAAUUGACUCUUAUAAAUUAACCUGGUUACAUCCCCUUGGCUUUCAAGCAGACAACAAGUAAUGUUGCUUUCUGGUUUGGUUAGCUCAAUGCAACUGACCCCAAGAGGCAACAAUUGCCCAGAGCACCUGACUUACAAAGACUUCUCAUUGAGUUUUUUUAUGGGAAGUCUGUGAUUGGACAGCCACAGAAAGUGUGGGCAGGGUUAGAAGGGGAGAGCUUGCAAAGGGAGCAGACGAGAUCUGCAGUCUUUGCAAUAGGGAUUUAUAAUGAUUUUAUUUAAAAAAAAAAAAAAAAAAAUUUGAGCCGAUAAUCUGUGAACUUUCAGGCCGAUAGCCGAAAACUUACCUAUAUUCUGUACAUUUACCAUUUUGAAAAAACAAACUAUUUCUGAAGUAAAUGCACAAAUUAUACAUGCCAUAUGUAAUGGAUGCAGUAUGUUUAGACUGGGGAGCUGUGUGUGUGUGUAUGCAGUGUAUAUAAUGAAUGCAGAGUGUGUUUGUGUAGUGUGUGUGUAUAUAGUGAAUGCAGUGAGUGUUUGUGUAGUGUGUGUGUAUAGCGAAUGCAGUGUGUGUGUGUGUGUGUGUGUGUGUGUAUGUAUGUAUGUAUAUAUAUAUAUAUAUAUAUAUAUAUAUAUAUAUAAACAUAAACAGAGUGUGUGUUUCUGUAGGUAUGUAAUUUGGAGGAGGGGGAGGCAUUUUUUAUUUAAAUUUAAAAAAAAAAAAAAUAUUUUGUUUUAAAUUGUCCCCCCCUCCCUGCUCCUUACUUGGCCAGGAAGGGGUGAUAUGGCAUUCCCUGGUAGUCCGGUGGCAUGGACUGUGCAGUGGGGGCCCAGCAAGCUCUUACUUACCUUCCCAGCAGCUCUCUUCAGCUCCCCUGUGUAAAUCUCGUGGCCAGCGUGCUGUGCAGAGCGUUGCCAUGGCAACCCGUGGCAACACUCGCAAGAGUUUCACAGGGGAGGUGCUGGGAAGGUAAGUAAAGAGCUUGCUGCGGGCCUGGUAUGUACUAUCUGCAAUAUCGUUAUUUCUAUAGGCCGAUGCCGAUAUUGCCGAAAAUACCAGAUACCAGCCAGACCGAUAAUCGGUCGAUUCCUACUUUACAAGCUGUUUUUAGCUAUAACACCUAUAUUAAAAAAAUCAAUAAAAAAAAAAAAAUCAUAAAAUGCAUGCAAGUUUUCAUUUGGGGUAUAUCUAAUAAACAUGUAUUUUUUAUUUAUUUUGUAUUUGGGCAGUGGAGUGUCCCCUUAAAGGAUUGCGAGAGAGCGAAUGUAAAUAAAAUAAAAGUUCUCUGUUCACAGCCUCAGUUUUGCUCAGAGAAGGGUUUUCUCUAACCUGUAGUUAUUUUUUAAGCUUCCAACUGUUAUUAUUUUACACUGCAGAGAACUUUACAAAUAGCCUGCAAGUAUUCCUGUGUCAAGUCUUGCUACACACUUUUCAUUUAUGCUGUUUGUAGUUUGAAAGCAUAGUCAGAAUGUCUCUUAAAUAUUAAUUUGGUCAUGUUUACUACCUUAAUCAUUUGCUACAACUAAAGUUGCACAGAUCAGCAGACAUUGUCAAACUUUGUGCAAUUCCUUUCUGCUUCAUUAUGCAUAUUAAGUGCUACUAACUCUUUAGCAUGUCUUUUCAAUAUAUAUUGCCCAGUACCAAAACCAAAAGCAGGCAAAAUACUCUUAAAGGAACACUAUAGAGUCAGGAACACAAACAUGUAUUCCUGAUCCUAUAGUGUUAAACCACCAUCUAACCCCCCCCUCCGACCCACAUUUGCCCCCUAAAUAUAGUGUAAUCUUACUUAAAGUCUGCAGCUGCUGGCUCUGCCCCUGAUCUGCCUGCUUAGUGACCCAGUAAGCACCUAUAGCAGCCAGCCAUCUGAGGAAUGGCCAGUGCAGGUAUCCCUAGGCUGUAAUGUAAACGCUUAAUUUUCUCUGGGGAAAAAAGUGUUUACUGCAAAAAGCCUGAUGGGUAUGAUUAUACUCACCAGAACAAAUAUAAUAACCUGUAGUUGUUCUGGUGAAUAUAGUGUCCCUUUAAAUUGUAUUUGUGCACUGUAGUGUUGGUUACCAUUAACUUCAUUGUGCUUAGGUUUCCAAUGUUUUUUUUUUGUGUGUGAACAAACAUACUAUUAUAUUUUACCUUUUAAGUCUCUGUAGAGCCAAUCCAGAAGUGAAUUUGCAUCUGGUUAAUAUGCAUCUUAAUAAUAAAUAUCUCUGGUUAUUGUUGCCAGUUUUGUGAUGGUAGAUUAAUGAUUCUGCAGCAGAUAUUCAUUGUAUUUGAUGCACAGGCAACCAAAGAAUUAAAUGGUAGAAGUACAGCUGUUCCUUGAUUUUAACAGCUGUCAAAGAUAGCAAUCGUAAUGUAGAUGGACGAACAUCUCCUUUUUAAUUUUAAUAUCUUUAUUUUUGCAUUGACAUAGACUGAGACACUGCGAUCUUAGAAGGCUUUCUCAGAAGCCUUAGUUCGGUAGAUGCAUCAUUGUGAAAAUGUUACAGAACAGAAAAUUGGCUCUGCGAUACCAUUGCAUUCCUCAUAUUCUUCCCAGAGCUCCCAUACCUUGUUAAAAGUUGUGGUGGUGUUACAGACUUGUGCUGUUAGCUUACCCAUGAGAUAGUUGUCCCUUAUCUUUGCUAUUACUAUGGACAUCUGUUGCAACUUGGGGUUUGCGCAUUUUUGUGUCGGUGCCCUUUGUGCUGCCUGAUCGUGUUUAGUAAUUUUUGUUCAUGUCUAUUGAGGCCAUCGGUGGGUCUGGAGAGAAGGCACACCCAAGGGCCGGCUCCAGUCGCUGUUGGAGAACGGGAGAGCUAAAGUCUACCACCUGUUCCUAAUAUUCCCUUACUUUUUGGCAUGGACACCACAUGUGUAUAUUGCUUUCCAUAUCACCCUAAAGGUGCCAGCAGGUAUCAGUGGAACGCAACUUCAUAUGGCAUUGUUUAACCGGCGUCGUGUACCACCUAAAUAACGUUUUGUAGCAUUGUUCUUUUAAUGUUGCCACCUGGAUACUUUGGUACAUGCCUCCCAGAUAUCCUGCCAGUCCUUUCCCUCAAGUACCUCCCCCAGGUCGUCCUCCCAUUGAUAUGUGUAUCAGAGAGUUCCCUAUUUACAUGACUCUGAGUUUAUAUGUUGGUAAAGUAGUGUAACUGAUUUAGUCUGGGUUAUUUCCUCGAGACAAAGUUUCUCAAAGAAAGUUAAUUGUCGUUUUGCUUGGAUCUCUUUGGUACGUUCAAAGUCCCUAAGCUGUAGAUAGCGAAUGUAAUCUCUCGUCUGUAGUUGAGCCUGGGUUUGCAAGUGGUCGUAGGUGACUGUCUCUAUUUACAAAAAGGUGUAUGUAUCUUUGGAGCCCUGUUGCCUCUAUCCCUCGCCCUCAUCCCCGGCAAGAAUAGUCUAUUUCUGAGGACAGGCGUCAUCGGGGAAGGGUCAUGCCCCAGGGUAUAUUUUUGUCUUUUACCAUUUUGAGAAAACCCCAAAGGUGAAAACGCGUAAAUGGUUUUAAUAAGUGUAUUUUUAAUCAAUAAAAGUUUUUUUGGUUACCUUUUAUACUAGGACCAAUUGCAAACUUAUUUUUAUUGUAUUUUAUACACUUUCAUUUACUCCUGGCAUUUUUAUAUAUAUAUAUAUAUAUAUAUAUAUAUAUUUUAUAUCAUCCCAUACUAUUUUAUAGUUUUAUCCAUCCCAUUUUCAUUUUUAUUUUAUUUUAAUUUUAAAAAAAUUGAAAGCAUAUUCCGUCCAAAGAAAUCCUUAGGUGGGGAUAAUUCCACCAGAGCUGUGGCAAUAGAGCAGUACCUGUCUGCUCUAUUCUUGUAAGUAUAACUUACUUAAAGUUAAAUAUUACUUUGUUGUUCAUACUGAGAGCACUAUUUGCCGUUUUAUAUAUACUCCGUGGAUACCUAUUAUCCGAUACCGGAAAGGCGGACCUACCUUCCAAGGAAUUAACACACAUCUGAAGUAGAUCCUAGCCGACACCACAGGAACUCCGAGCCGGAUAAAAGGACCAUCCAAGUAUAUCCGUUAGUGGGGAUUAAACCACUUAGUGUCUCUUCUCCCAGAGCUGGCACAAGCUCCACAAAAUGUGAGUGAAAUAUAUUUCCUUUGAAUAUAUACAACAUCAGGAUAUACAAUAUUUCACCAUUGGUAGCUUUUUCUUUUUGUCUUUUUGUCUUUUAUCUUCACAUAUAUGGACUAUCUACUAUACGGACGGAGCCAUACUUGAGGAUUAUUAUCGUGGUACUGCAUACCAGUGAGACUGUUUUCAUUUAUACUUUUUACAAAUCCGGAUGAACUUUAUUUGACUUUAUUAUCACUGUUUAUUUUAUCAUAAUACGAUUUUAUUCACUUAUUCACUUUUUUGUCUCCUCACUCAAGCGCAGCCCUUGACCCCCUUUUUUUCUUAUAUUUUUGUUUUACCUGGUCCCAUAUUUGUAUGGAAUUGAGAACCGCUGGGCAUGUAGUUCUUAGUAUUGCCUUGUGGGCUUUAGGUACCCACAAGUAAAAUUGAGGUAAGUCCACCCCUGUCAGUAGGGAUUCUAUAUUUACCAAUCUCCUGUGUUCUGGGUGUGAGUGCCAGUGUAUGAUUUGGGUUAGUUGUGCCGCCAGGUAAUAAUGGUAUAGAUGGGGGAGACCUAGUCCUCCCCUGGACUUGGGACGUUGUAGUAGGCUAUGGGCAAGUCUGGGUUGUUUUUUGAACGGGUCAAUUGCUUUUUGCAUGUUUGUUAAGUCCCCUCUGGUGACUCGUACGGGCAGUGAUUGUAACAUGAAUAAGAUUAUUGGCAGUAUGUUAAUUUUGACUGAAUGAAGGCAUCCUAUCCAUGAGAUAGGUUUCUCUGUCCACUUCUUCAAGUCUCCUAUGAGUGUGUAAAAGAGUGGAGUACAAUUUUGCCUGAAUAGGGAAGCGGGGUCAGCUGCUGGGUUUAUUCCUAGGAAUUUAAAUUAGUCUGCCGCUAUUCUAAAGUGGUAUGUCUGUCUGAUGGUGGCUGUGUCCGGGACCGACAGGGGGAAAUGCGUCGCUAUGGAUUUUGAUAGAUUGACUUUAUAUCCGGAGAGGUUUCCCUAGUGGUUUAGCAGGAUCUCAACUUUGAGCAUGCUGAGUAUCGGAUCUUUGAGAGUCAGUAGGACAUCAUCUGCAUAUGCCGAUACUUUAAAUUGGUGGUGUGCUAUUUCCACCUCUCAUAUUAAUGGCAUGGAACAGUGGUUCUAAGGUGAGUGCGAACAGUAGCGGCGAGACCGGGAACCCCUGCCUUGUACCAUUGCUCAGAGGAUGGGGGAUGCUGUGAUGAGUGUUUGUGCUCUCAGGAUAUCUCCUAUCUUUUUUUCUAUGUUGUGAAGCCAGGUAUUAUGUACUAGAGCAGUGGUUCCCAACCUUUUUAUUUUAUUUUUUUUAUAAUUCUUUAUUUUUGUGGUGCAGAGACAUACAUACAAGUUUGUACUGGCAUAAUAGAGAAGGCAUAUAUGACAACGUAGAUACAUCGCUUAUGUCAGAGACUACUGCACGCAAUUUUUUUAAUUUUUUUUAAGAAAAGUAUAACAAGUCAUGACAUCAACCUGUCAUAGAGUAAAAAUUAAGUUUAGUAGGUGAGUAGUAGGUAGUAGUUGCAAAACUAGUGAGAUGAAACGGUAUGUCAGUAGUAGAGUGAUAAAGGCAAAUACAUUGCAGAUUGAUAUACCACUGGGCAUAAACAUAGACUGCGAAAGAGCUGUCCGCAUAUAGCAUGUUAUAUUAUGGUGGUAACUAGCUUAGCCUAUGCCUGAUGCAUAAUGCUUAGUGAUCAAGGGAAAGCGAUCCCAGGUGUCCCGCUGAACUGUGCCCCUGCAGCCCCUAGCUGUGCCACAGACUAUUAUACUCAUCUCACAAGUCUCUAUGUGAGUCGCAAGUUGGGCUUGACCUCGUGGCCUGGUUCCAGGCUUCUGUAUGGCAUGGUAAGUAGGAGCCUUCUGAGGGUGUGAGCGGUGGGUCAGGGUCCCAUGAUGGAUCGUGUCCCAGGUAGGUGAUGGCGAUGGCACUCAGCAGGACAAGACUGCGUCAGGGUCUCGUCCAGCUGGUCUCAGCUUGGCCUUGCCUUGCCGUGAAUCUCGUGGGAGCGAAGCUGCUGUGGUAGGCCUCUCCACUCGGUGGGUCCAGUCAGGUAAGGUGGUAGCGUGGGAGUUGCAGGCUGCUUGUAUCCAAAAAUCCCAACACGGCUCAUCAAAUCUGGCCUUGACUCUCUGCACCCAGUCCUGGAUCCCUGGUUCCACUUGAUGCAAUGGAUGUCCCAGCAUGGUGGCCAUCUUGAAUUCACAACAUGUUUUUGGCAACACGGAACUCAAAUUGUCCACUGUAAUGUAGUGAGUAUACCCAGCGGGGACCGGGAUAACCCCUACCAUUCCAAAGGUGGGGGCGACAGGGCUUUGGUAGGUUCCUUGUGAAAUGCGCAACUUCGAGCAGGAGAUCUCCCAGCUGUUAGGUCGGCAAUCCUGUUAGGCAGAUUAGGUGUGCAGGAAUGAUAAUUUUGGGGCUGUCAAUGUUUCCCUUUAUUCGGGAUACUUGCUCUGCGUAAUUCGGAGUCUUCUGACAUCUCAAAAAUGCAAUUUUAGCUAGUUUAAAGGACCACUCUAGGCACCCAGACCACUUCAGCUUAAUGAAGUGGUCUGGGUGCCAGGUCCAGCUAGGAUUAACCCAUUUUUUUUAUAAACAUAGCAGUUUUAGAGAAACUGCUAUGUUUACAAAUGGGUUAAUCCUUCCUCCAAUUCCUCUAGUGGUUGUCUCAUUGACAGCCGCUAGGGGCGCUUGCGUGAUUCUCACUGUGAAAAUCACAGUGAGAGCACGCAAGCCUCCAUAGGAAAGCAUUGUAAAUGCUUUCUUAUGCGACCGGCUGAAUGCGCGCGCAGCUCAGCCAAAUGGGAGGUUCGGAGGAGGAGGGCUCCCCGCCCAACGCUGGAAAAAGGUACUUUUUUACCCCUUUCCUCUCCCCAGAGAUGGGCGGGAGGAGGACCCUGAGGGUGGGAGCACCCUCAGGGCACUAUAGUGCCAGGAAAACGAGUGUGUUUUCCUGGCACUAUAGUGAUCCUUUAAGGCUUGCUCAGACAGGAGCUUCUGGAAAACACAUCUUGUCAGCAUGAGAGUCAGGCCCCGUCCUCUCCCCUCCCCAACCUUUUUUUAACUUGUGUACCCCAUUGGCAGCCCAUUUUCAGAAAUACUAACCCUCAUAUUAGCAAAAUGUUUGUUAAUCAUAUUAUUGCUUUUAAUUCAGCUUUUUAUGUUUUUCUCUGCCCCAUCUAUCCUUUUUCUCUGCCCUAGAUUACCCUGCAUCUCCUCUUCCUUAGGCUUUCGAUUCGUCUCCUCGGCCUCAGGCUCCGUGUGUGUAUGUGUAAAGAGGCGAGAAAUGAGACAUUUCCCAUAGAGAUGCAUUGAUUCAGUGCAUCUCUAUGAGUAGAUGCUGAUUGGCAUAGUGCUGCGUUUUGCCGCGCUUGCACAUUAGCCUGUAAUGCAUUCCUAUGGGAAAGCAUUGGAUUUGCUGAAAUCGUCAAUUGUGAUGAUUUCAGCCAAGGUAAACACAACAGUAAUCUUUAGUGGCUAUGUGGCUUGGAGUGUUCCUUCAACACUGUCAAGCAUUAGUGAUAAAUUAUAUAUUGCUUUAAGAAAUGUUAAAUACUUGUCUAGAUGAUUUUGCCUAGAGAGGUAAAAAAAUGUUUUCAUUGGCCCUGGAGAAGGGGUUGGUUUUAAGACAUUCAGGGGUGUGUUUCUGCUCAAAAGGUUGAGAAACGCAGUUGGUGUUCCAGGCAAGAUUUUGGUUUCCUUUGUGAUAUUUUUUUGGGUUGAAGGGCACAGUACUGUGAAUUUAGCCAAAUAAAAAUUCUAGUGGCAAAAUUGUAACAAUUAUUACAUUACAAAUAUUGGAGAAUAUUUCCAAAUCCGCUAUAUAAGCCUCAGUUUUGUUAUUAGGAUUUUAAUUUAUUACAAUUCAAAGAUUGUCCCUGUCAGUUAUUUUUGUGGUUCAUUCAAUGCAAACUCAUGUCAUCAUACGGGUGAUUGCCUCUUCAUUUAAAAUAUCUGUCUGCUAUAGAUAUGAAUAGGGAGUUAACCUCCAAUAGUGGUUUCGAAUCUACUCUAUCUUUGUACAAAUACUAUGUUUCUUUACAGUUCUUCAGUUCAUAUUGAGGAAUAUGUGUCCUUCCUGGAAAAAACACUCCUGUAACACAGUGCUUGGUUGACAUUUGAUGUUUGAAGUACCUUGUGUUUGACUAACUUGAGUAGCCCUUUUUAUUCUUGGUUUCAAUAAUAUUUCAAGUUGCAUGGCAAUUGUAGUUUAGCAACAAUAAUUUGACAACUAAACUUCACAUGAUGGUGAUUCCUGUGACAAAAAUUCAAUAUAUACUUAUUUUGAAUACUAAUGUGCGUACACUUUUGAACAGUAGUCUUAAAGACGCGGGCCAUAUCCAGCCCCCAAAUACUUUAAUGUUGCAUGGGGCCACCCAUCCUAGAAUAGAAAGGUAUGUCCUGGGUAUACAUCUAUGUUUUGGACUGUUGGCAACCUGGUCUGUAUCAGACCUUUAUUUGCUGUGGCUGAAGAGGCUGGAUAACCUGAGAACUUCAUUUCAUUGCGCUCUGUGCUUCUGGCAGCAUCAUUAGCAAAGUUCUCUGACUUGGUGUGCCAGUUCUUCAGUGAGUGACUGGAGCACACAGUGCAGACUAGCAGCCUCCAUUGAGACCCUGUCCAUGCUACAGGGAAUGGGGGUAUAUUAAAUUUGCACAAAGUUGUGUGGGGGUGUGUAGCUGUCUGUGUAUGGGAAGACUGCUUUAUUUUAAUGGAAACACCUCAGACAUGUAUAUACCACCUACGUGCUUAUCUCUAAAAGUAUGUGUGGAAUUAAUGUCUCCUAAAACAUUUGAAAGACAUACAUUGAGUCUGAAACAUUGCUUUCCAGAGAAAAGGCAGUAUUUACAUUGCCCCCUAGGGACACCUCCAAGUGGCCACUUUAGCGACUCCACGCUCUGCAUGGAGACACUGAACUUUCCUCAUAGAGAUACAUUAAUUCAAUGAGUGGGUGCUGAUUGGCUAAAACAGCGUUUGGCUCCACCCCAUCCCACCUCCUUGCCAAGUUAAGCCAAUCCAAUGCUUUCUAGGGAUCGACCGAUAUUGUUUUGUUUUUUUAAAGCCAAUACCGAUAAUCUUUGAACUUUCAGGCCGAUUGCCGAUAUUCUGUACAUUUGCCUUUUUGAAAAAAUAAACUAUUUCUAAAGGUAAAUGCACAAAAUAUACAUGCCACAUGUAGUGAAUGCAGUGUGUUUAGACAGGGGAGCUGUGUGUUUGUGUAAUGGAUGCAGUGUGUGUUUAUGUAGUGUGUGUGUGUGUAGUGGAUGCAGUGUGUGUGUGUGUGUAGUGGAUGCAGUGUGUGUGUUUGUGCAGUGUGUGUGUGUGUGUGUAGUUUGUGCAGUGUGUGUGUGUGUAGUGGAUGCAGUGUGUGUGUGUAGUGGAUGCAGUGUGUGUGUUUGUGCAGUGUGUGUGUGUGUGUGUAGUGGAUGCCAGUGUGUGUUUGUGCAGUGUGUGUGUGUGUGUGUAGUGGAUGCAGGUGUGUGUUUUGUGUAGUGUGUGUGUGUGUAGUGGAUGCAGUGUGUGUUGUGUAGUGUGUGUGUGUGAGUAAGAUUAGGUGUGUGUGUUUGUGUAGUGUGUGUAGUGGAUGCAGUGUGUGUGUUUGUGCAGUGUGUGUGUGUGUGUUUGUACGGUGUGUGUGUGUGUGUGUAGUGGAUGCGGUGUGUGUGUUUGUGCAGUGUGAGGUGUGUUUGUGCAGUGUGAGUGUGUGUGUUUGUGUAGUGGAUGCAGUGUGUGUGUUUGUGUAGUGGAUGCAGUGUGUGUGUUUGUGUAGUGUGUGUGUGUGAGUGGAUUACGGUGUGUGUGUAGUGGAUGCAGUGUGUGUUUGUGUGGUGUGUGUGUGUGUGUAGUGGAUGCGGUGUGUGUUUGUGUAGUGUGUGUUUUGUGUGGAGUGUGUGUGUGUGUGUAGUGGAUUACGGUGUGUGUUUGUGUGGUGUGUGUGUGUGUGUGUAGUGGAUGCGGGUGUGUUUGUGGUGUGUGUGUGUGUGUAGUGGAUCACGGUGUGUUUGUGUAGUGUGUGUGUGUGUGUAGUGGAUCUGGUGUGUUUGUGUGGUGUGUGUGUGUGUGUGAGUGGAUCUGGUGUGUUUGUGUAGUGUGUGUGUGUAGUGGAUGCAGUGUGUUUGUGUGGUGUGUGUGUAGUGGAUGCGGUGUGUGUUUGUGUGAGUGUGUGUGUGUAGUGGAUGCAGUGUGUGUUUGUGUAGUGUGUGUGUAGUGGAUGCAGUGUGUGUUUGUGUAGUGUGUGUGUGUAGUGGAUGCAGUGUGUGUUUGUGUAGUGUGUAUAUAGUGAAUGCAGUGUGUGUUUGUGUGUGUGUGUGUGUGUGUUUGUAUAGUGUGUGUGUAUAUAUAUAAUGAAUGCAGUGUGUGUGUGUUUGUAUAGUGUGUGUAUAUAUAUAAUGAAUGCAGUGUGUGCGUGUGUUUGUGAAGGGAUGUAAUUUGUGUAAAAUGGGCAGGAGGGGAUGCAUUUUUAUUUUAAUUGUAUUUUUAAUAUAUGUUUGAUUUUUUUUUUGAUUUUUUUUAUCUGCAGUGUUUUUUUUUUCUUUUAAUUUUAUUAUGUAUAUGCUUUUAUUUUUGUCCACCCUCCCUGCUUGUUUCCUGGCCAGGGAGGGGAGGAUAUUGCAGUCCCUGGUGGUCCAGUGGCGUGUACUGCGUACUGAGCAGUGGGGGGGCCGGCAGCAAGCAGUUACUUAACCUCCCAGCAGCUCCCUUCAGCUCCCCAGUCUAACUCUUGCGGUUUGCGUGCCGUGUGGAGCGUUGCUAUGGGACUGCCGAGAUUUGACAUGGGAGCUGUAGGGAGCUGCUGGGCGGUAAGUAACUGCUUGCUGCCGGCCCCUCCAGGACCGCCGGGCUUGUAAUGAACUUGUCGGUCCUGGUAUGUAUUAUCGGCAAUAUCGGUAUCUAUAUUGGCCGAUUCCAAUAUUGCCAAAAAUACUGAAAAUCGCCCGAUCGUAUCGUUAAAACCGAUAAUCGGUCGAUUCCUAAUGAUUUCCCUAUAGGUAAAGCAUUGGAUUGGCUAAAAAUUGGAAAUUCUGAUGUCAUCAAGGGCGGGGACAGCAUCUGCAAACCCGCACGGCGCUGGACAUAAAGUGAAUUUUAACAUUUUCGAAGGGAGGAAAGCCACCUAAAUGGUGGAUUAAACAUUAUAGGGUCAGCAAUACAUGUUUAUGUCCCUGACCCUAUAGUGUUCCUUUAAAAUAUCAACUGGGUGUGUAGAUCUUGGGCAGCUUGUUUAAUUGAAAUAUUGUUUGUAAAUGUAUCCCGUAAAUUAAGCCAAGAAUGGUCAAGAAUCCACGAAUGUAUCUUUUAUUGAAUGCUGGCAUCUUAACACAACUUUUAUUCAAGCACAUUAUCUCUCUAGUAGCUAUAGCUAUAUUUUAGUUGUCAGAUCAAAUCCCCCUCCCCUGACAAAUGUUACUUUGCUAGGCAUCCAUAAAUUUUAAAUAAAAAUUAGUUAUUUAAAGGAACACUCUGGUUACCAACAAAAAUGUUAUGCUUUUGGUAAUAAUUAGCUGAAUUUUUAAACCUUUGCUAUUAUUGAAGUUUUAUUUUAAUUACAGAUGUAUUUAACUUACAAUAAUAGCCUGUAUACUAAAAAGUUAAUUGUGUUACAAAUGCAUUAUUUAUAUUUAAUUAACUCAUUCGUUUUAUUCAUAAUAUUUUAUUGUUCUGGUGAAUAUACAAAUUUUAUGUUUUUGUUUAUCUGCAAAACUUAUCAAGAAGAGUAAUCACUAGUUGUUUAAAGUUUUACUGUCGCCUGUAGGACCUUGUCUGUGACAUGUCUGCUUGUGUAUUGGUGGCCGAGGAAAAAGCAGAUAGAGAGAUCUACUUACCUUAAAGGACCACUAUAAGCACCCAGACCACUUCAGCUUAAUGAAGUGGUCUGGGUGCCAGGUCCCUCUAGGAUAAACCUUUUCUGCUGUAAACAUAGCAGUUUCAGAGAAACUGCUAUGUUUACAAAUGGGUUAAUCCAGCCUCUAGUGGCUGUCUUAUUGACGGCCGCUAGAGGCGCUUCCACGCUUCUCACUGUGAUUUUCACAGUGAGAAGACGCCGGCGUCCAUAGGAAAGCAUUGAGAAUGCUUUCCUAUGAGACUGGCUGAAUGCAGGCGCAGCUCUUGCCGCGCAUGCGCAUUCAGUCGAUGACUGCAGAAGAAGGAGAUUCCCCAGUGCCGAUGGAGCCCGGCACUUUAAAAAGGUAAGAUUUUAACCCCUUCCUCACCCUAGAGCCCGGUGGGAGGAGGGCCUUGAGGGUGGGGGCACCCUCAGGGCACUAUAGUGGUCCUUUAAGGUGAUAACCUUAGCUUAAUGAAGCAGUUUUUGUGUAUAGAUCAUGCCUCUGACGUUUCACUGCUCAAUUUACGGGAUAUAUUUACAAACAAUAUUUCAAUUAAACAAGCUGCCCAAGAUCUACACACCCAGUCAUUUAGGAGUUAAAUCGCUUUUGUUUCUGCUUACGCAGCCGUAGACUCACCUCCUCUGACUGUGAUUGACACAGACUGAAUAAAAAUGGUUUUAUUUUAAAUCAGAUGUAACUUACUCUACAAGUUAUCAACUGCUCUGUAAAUUGAACUUUAAUCACAAACAGGAGGCUCUUGCAGGGUCUAGCAAGCUAUUAACAGAACAAGAGAUAAGAAAUUCUGAAUUGAACAGAAUUUGUAAUAAAGGAAAUUUAAACAUUAGAUAACUCUUUACAGGAUGUGUUUAGGACAGCUGCGUGAGCCACAUGCAGGGAAAUGUGACUUGGGCUGCAUAAAUAAAGUGAUUUAACUCAUAAAUGGCAUAGAAGGGCAUUAUCUAUACACCAAAACUGCUUCAUUAAUCCAGACUUGUGGCCCAGCAUGCUUACAAAGUUACAUGACUUCCUUAGCCUACAAUUAAAAUGCAGCCUAUCCAAAAACGCAAUCAGGAGGGGGCGGGGCCGGGCCGCCGAGCGGAGCGGCAGCCAUCUUCGCUAGCUCCUGCAUCGUGCCGCUAAAAAAAGGCAAUUUUCUUACCUCCGAUGCCCAACAGAACCCGGGAAAACGUGAGGUGCACGAGGAGGAACCCGCCUGUUGUCGGGCGAAGCCGGUUGCUGGUGGAUCGUGACACGCUGCGGACACAUGCACCCGGGCCUAGUUGUGGAGACCAACAGGACGGAGGUCUGAUGAAACACAAGCACAUGUUAAAGGGGGGCCCGGCCCCGCUCCCCCCCCCCUGGGCCGGUGGGGGUUGUCCUGGCCCAUGAGUCCCUGCUUCGGCGACACCCAAGGGGAUCAGAAGGGGUCGGGAGUGCUGGCGGCCUCCCACCCAGUAAAAGGAACUGCUACACAAAUUCACUGCAAUGCAAGCAUGUCAGGGGAGACUCACCUUCAUGGAGCGGCUUCCCCGCAUUGCUUCGAUGGCCCCAACAGCUGUUUCCCUGCAGAGGGAUACCCUGGGCGGCCUGCCCCCUGGAGAAGUACCAGUCCCUGCCUUUGGGUUUCGGGGGUGGCCCAGGGGAGAUUGUCCCUGCCGCAGUGAGUCCUGUGGGACGGGAACGCACAGACCUUUCCGGUGUACCGGUGACCGUGAGGAAGGUGCCCCAGUCCUAAGUGUGUGGCCGGCGCCAGGUGAGACAUGAGGGUCCAAGUGCUUCACAGAGGCUGAAGUGGUGCUGGGGAGGUGCAGGAGACAGUCAGAACCUGGACUCUAGGUGUGGAGGGUCUAGGGGACAGAUUUGGACUUUGAGUGCCCACGGCACCACAGAACGCUAAACCGGCGGGAUGGGUCAGCCCCAGGGAGGACUGAUGGAGGACAGGCAUGCUUGAAGGCCUAUGGGGGCAACCACGGAGGUAGCUCACUUAUGGUGCAAUUGACACUGCUCUCCUUAACCUAUUAUCUGCAACGACACAGCGCAGCAUGUUCCUACUCCCCAUGAAGUGACUCACUUUUUCCCAUCACUGUUGGCAGCAAAUGCACUAUGACACAUCUGCAACCUAUGUUUAGGUUAUAAAAAUCUUGUUUGCCUUCAAAUACCUGCAUGGCAUAACUAACCACUGUCUACAUCAGAUUGCACGUUAUGUGAUGGACAUCUCCAUUGAAAUUACAUUCGCCUGUUUAUACAUUGCUUCACUUACAUUGCAUAAUACUACUAGCCUCUGUUAUAGUUCUUACAGUUGAUUUCCAAUUUUUUUUUUUUUGCACUCGUUGUUGCAGGCCUAUGCCAAAAUUCAUUAUACACAGUUAAGAGACAAACGGCUUCAGCGAACAUAGGCUGCAUGUUAGCCAUAGUAAUCAAAUUACUGGCAAACCAAAUACGAAUAUGGCAUGUGACACAACUUAUAUUGGAAUUGUCUAUAGGAUGACACAAGUGGCUUUAGCAAGCACAUACGACAUCGGUGCCCUAUGGUACCCAGAAGCUAUAUGGUACGAUGCUGUAGUUAGUUAUCCAUCCACUGACCCAUAUUAAACAUAUGAUUGAAAGGCAAAGUUUACUUAAUGGCAUAGGGUUACAUAUACUGAAAGCUUUACCACAGGCUUAGUUAGACACAAUUUGACCGCAUAGUGAUAUAUUAGGCCCCAUCUUGAACUCAGCCGACGCAGAGGAAGGAGAAGGGGGAAAGAAAAAAAGAGAAGAAAAAAAAAGGGAAAAAAAAAAAGAGAAAGGGAAAACAUAUUUAAAGUGUACCACAUUAUAGGGCUAUAACAUGCUAUGAUAAACUUGUACAACUUACAUUGGAAUUGUCUAUAGGAUGACACAAGUGGCUUUAGCAAGCACAUACGACAUCGGUGCCCUAUAGUACCCAGAAGCUAUAUGGUACGAUGCUGUAGUUAGUUAUCCAUCCACUGACCCAUACUAAACUUAUGAUUGAAAGGCAAAGUUUACUUAAUUACAUAGGGUUACAUAUACUGAAAGCUUUACCACAGGCUUAGUUAGACACAAUCUGACCGCAUAGUGACAUAUUAGGCCCCAUCUUGAACUCAGCCGACGCAGAGAAAAAAAAGAAAAAAAAAAAGGAAAACAUAUUUCAAGUGUACCACAUUAUAGGGCUAUAACAUGCUAUGAUAAACUUGUACACAUAACUACUCAUGUUUUUCCAUAACAAAUGCAUUGUUUACGUUAUAUCCCCUGCGUGGGAAAACUGCUUCUUGUGUUGACCUCAAUAAAAACAGAUUUAAAACAAAAACGCAAUCAGUCCUUUCAAAUACUUUCCAGAGCAAUUGUACACCAAAAAUCUUCUAUUUCUCCCUCUGAAACACAACACACAGAAUUAGGGAUUGACCGAUUAUCGGUUUUACCGAUAUUGUUGGCCGAUAUUCUGUAUUUUUGGCAAUAUCAGUAUCGGCCAAUAGAGAUACCGAUAUUGCCGAUAAUACAUACCAGGACCGUCGGGCUUGUCCUGGAGGGCCCGCAGCAAGCUGUUACUUGCCUUCCCAGCAGCUCCCUUCAGCUCCCAUGUCAAAUCUCGAGAGCCCCGCGGCCUCAGAGCGUUUCCACGGGGUACCAUGGCAACGCUCCGCGCGUCACUAAGGCCCGCCAGAUUUACACAGGGAGCUGCUGGGAAGGUAACAGCUUGCUGCGGGCCCCCACAGUUCUUAACAAGCCACCGGACCACCAGGGUAUACUAUAUCCCCCUCCUUGGUAAGAAGCAGGGAAGGGGGACUAAAAGAAACAUUUAAAUAUUAAAAAAAAAUAAUAAUUAAAAUAAAAAAAUGCCCCCCCAUUUUACAAAAAUUACAUCUCUACAUAAACACACACACACACACACACACACUGUAUUAUAUACACACACUACACACACACACACACACACACUCUGCAUUAUAUACACACACUACACAAACACACAUAUUUGCAUGUUCAAUGAAGGUUCAUCAACUACAAUCUAUACAAAUAAUUGUAUCUUGCAGCAUUACCAUCAUCAUUGCUGUUACUGGUCAUAACACUUGAGAUAAAAAAGUAAUACUAACUUUUGAGUGUAGUGUUUCAACACCUUGUAUUGUCAAUGCUUAAAAAAUAAUAUAAAUAAAAACGAGACCCUUCUUUAAACAAUAUACCCCCUUACUGUUAAUCUGCCUAGUUAUCCCUUCUGGACACUAUCCUAAGCUAUGUGCGCCCUGCGGCAGUUACUUGACAACUGGCUGUGCAGCUUUGAUACAACUGUGGGUGCAUCCACAGCACAAUCUUUUAAGGGGCACUGGAGGAUUAUUUAAUUGCAGUACAGCAAAAUUAUUGGUCAAAACAAACAAAACCAUAAGAACAAUAUUGCAUUUUUUUUUUUGUGGAGCACUAGAAAGUAUUGGUCACAACAAUAACAUUUAUUCUACACAUUACUGCAUCACAUAAGUAGAGCACAAAAGAUACAUCUGUGUAUCACAGAGCUUCUUCACUAUUCAAACUUACAGAAAUGUUCACAAGACUAUCACAAAGCAACCCCAGCAAUAAAACUCUCAGUAAUGAGCAAUGUGCAUGAGUGCAUCACAGAGCUCUGCCACAUUAGCACCUACAUUCAUGCACACUGUACUACUGUAUCAUAGAGCUCCACCUACAAUAAAACUCACAUGCAAUGUGCAUGAGUGCAUCACAGAGUUCCUCAAGGGAAAAAAAAAAAUCACAGUAAGGGGCUGCAAGCAAUAAGUCUCCCAGUUAUGUGCAUCAAUGCAUUACAGAGCUUCCUCACCAGUAAAACCUUAGAUUGCAAAUGGCCACUAUUAGGCCAGGUGUCAAUGUUAAAGGAACACUAUAGUGUCGGGAAUACAUACAUUUAUUACUGACACUAUAGUGUUUAACUAUUAAGGUUUCUGGCCCCCUCAAGUGGGAAAUGUGCUUUUACUCACCUUUUUCUCAUACCGUGAUAAUCUCAGCCACUUGAAUGCUUUCCCAUAGAAAAGCAUUAGGAGGCUAUUGCACAUUAGCUGCAAAACACAACGCUGCACAAAACAGCAUAGUCUCAUAGAGAUGCAUUGAAUCAAUGCAUUUCUAAGGGGAACAUACAGUGCUUCCUUGCAAAGCGUGGAGAUGCUGAAUGCUAGUAGAUUGGAAACACCUGUAGUAAUCUUAGUGACUGCCAGUAGUGAUCUAAACACUGCCUUUUAUCUGAAAAGGCAGUGUUUACACUGCUCAGGCUGCAGGGCCAAGCUAUGGACACAACAAGUACAUUAAGCUGUAGUGGUUGUGGUGACUAUAUAUAUUGUCUCUCAAAGAGCCAGCUGUGUGAGGGUGGUAAUUUAAAUUUUUUUUAGUAUUAAAAAUAAAAAGAAUGAUAAGGGGUACGGGUAGCAGUAGGAACAAUGGACAAUCAGGUGGCCAGAUUUUGUACUGAUGGUUGGCUGGCUGUCCAGUGCAGAGAGCCCCACAUUCAGCCUACAACCAGGGUUGGUAGAUCGCAUAUCAGAAGCCAGGUACCACAAAGGGUUAAAGGGACACUCCAAACCCCUUAUGACCUUCACCUGAAGUGUUUCAGGUGUGAAGAGUGUGUCCUAAUUCUUGCAUUUUACAAAAAGUUACAUUUGAAAUCUGUUCCUUGCAUUUGCACAUUGUGCGGACAGGUAGUUUGGAACGGACAGAUUUAUGAGUGAGUUUAAAUCAGUCACUAGCCGUUUAAUUCUCUGUGGAGAUAUUAGAUAUGAGUCGCACACAAAGUGCAGGUAGAAGGAACUGUCAGAUUUAUAAACUCUGUGCACUGCCGCAUCACUAUUAAGAGGCUGCAGAUAAAAGGUUACUCCAAGCACCAUGAUCCCAUCAGUGAUUUGCAGUGGUCAUUAUGCCUGGAGUCUGUGUGCAGUAUUAACCUAUCUGUUGCCAGACACGUUACUCCACCUCCUGCCUCGUCAUUAUCUUGUUUCAGGCUGGCUCUUGUCAGUUCUGUGCAUAUUCCUAUGUACAUAAUUGCAUUAAUUAACCAAGUGUUGCUUUAAUUUGAUCAUGGCCAGGAAACACCUUGUGCCUAUGUAGUUGCACUUGGAUAUCACAACUAAACUGAGCUUUAACACUAUAAUGGCUUAUUUGCAUGUCCUAACAUUUUGGUGUGAACAGGGUCCCUGCUCACACCAGGGAGUCCCAGGUAUCCAUCAAUAUCUGUGGCUCCCCUCUGCCAGUUGGGACAAUUUUUAGUGCCCCCAGACUGACAGAUGAUCUUUAUGCAGUGUUCAAAUUGAGUGGUGCAUGCAGCACUUUAAAUAGGCAUUCAAAUCCCUGUUGCUGCAAUUAGGUUAAAUCUCUGCUUACCCCACUAAAAUUGCACCAGUUGACAUAGGGCAGGUAUUUUUAGUGGCUCUGGACUGACUGGUGAGCUGUAUGCAGCUCUUUAAAUCUAUUGAUUUUUGGGCUUCAGGCUUCUGAAGUAAGGCAUUGACAGGGUCUCCUUGCAUAAUAAAAAAAAUAAACUGGGAGUGCACAUGUCCAGAGCUGUGGGUAUCUGCCCAAGGGUGCUACAGGAAGGGAAGUCAGAUCUUCAAUAUACAGGAGAGAGAACCCAGGCACACCAAGGUGUUUCAAAGUACAAAGUACAGGGAACAAAGUACAGCAACAUUUUUGCUCUUAUAGAGCCUUUAUCAAUUCAUAUGGAUUCCUCUUUAAGUCACAUUUACACCUUUGCUCAAUCACUUCAUUAUCCUGUGACAAUCUCUUUUCCUGCUAUCAACUACAGGAUUUCUCAAGGGCCACACCAUUCUUAUGUAAUUACAUAAUGUUACCUAUCUGACGUUCCCCUUGCCUCCAUUGCUUUAAUACAUCCCUUAAACAUCUAUUUAUUGAAAACCCUGCUUAUGAUUUUCACAACUACACAGUCCACAUCACAUUCUAAAAUUCCACUCUGAUUCCUCACACACCACAUUUACAAGUGUAACUAGACACAUCAUCACAAUGAUGGCCCUUUUAUCCAAACAUUCUGUCAGCAUUUUUCUUCCUCUUUCUUUUCUUUCUCUCAAUUCUGCCUAGAUUGAAACCUCAUUGAAAGGUGGACAACUUGUAUCAGUCAACAGUAUUUUGUGUUUCCAUUACUGAUAUAAAUAUAUACACUGUAUAAUUGUAAAGUUCUGCUGAUAUGUUGGCGCCAUAUAAAUGUGGUAUGUAUUUUCUUGUAUGUUACAGAGGAAGUGGGCAAGUUGCAGAAACAUCUGGCUCUUCUUCGCCAGGAAUAUGUGAAAAUGCAGCAGAAACUGGCAGAGACUGAGAAGAGAUGCACUUUGCUAGCUGCUCAGGCCAACAAGGAGGUUUCGGGUGACUCUUUCAUCAGUCGUCUUCUUGCAAUCGUGGCCCAGCUCUUUAAACAGGAGCAGUACAGGUAGGUGAGCCUCUUUCUGUUUUUAUGCUUUGUACUUACGGAAUAAAAUUUGCAUUUUUGCGUAGAAAAAGGACAGUGAAACCGCAUUGGACCAAAUAGUUAGAAACGUAGCCUGAAAACACACUUUUAUUUUCAAGAUAACAAAAUACUUGGUCACAAUAAACGGAGGGGGUGUGGUGCUGACAGAGCCCCUUUAAUUAUACCUAAUUUACCUUGUUUCAUACAUUAUAAUUUAAAUUUUUAUUUUUAGCCAGAAACUGCCUGCUUCUAGUAAUGUUUAUCUGUUUAGCCUUUUAAGGUAUGUUAAAUCUCAUGUUAAACUCUGCACACUCUCUCUUUCAAGUUUUAGCAUUAAUUAAAGGGACACUCCAAGCCCCAUAACCACUACAGUACACCGCCUUCUGGUUUGGCCUGAGCAGCUAGCAGAGUGCACCUCUUCUCAGUCUCUACUGUUUUUUUUACAUACUGUGUGCAAGUAAGCUGUCAAACCAUUUAUAAACGGUUUGACACUUAUGUUGUAGUCUAAGUUUGUCUGAAAAAGUUCAUACAAAUGCAUUUUUCUUGCGAACUGUAAUUUUAGAAAAUGAAAAUGCAAGGAUGCUGCUAACUUCUAAAGCAAUUUAGUAAUUCCAAGUGCUAUAGGGGAUUAAAGUGUUCCUUUUAGCCAAUUUAUAUUUAUUUAAAGCGUCUGUCACUUUUUUUGUUUUUUGAUUUGUAGUACUUCACAGUGUGCCCAGGGAAGCCUAGUUUUUAUUCCACUGAAGUUACAUUGUUUUAUAAAUGUAUACAUUAUGAAAAGUAGGAACUAAAGGUGGAGGUUGUCAAAAGGUGGAGCUUUAUUCAAGCUCUGCAUUAUAUGUUAACUUUGUCUUUUGAUUCCCUUUCUUACUUACCUCACUCCAACAAUACAUCACCUUCUCCUACCAAUGACGCUCACGCUCUGGAAAGCUGAACAUGUGUAUGCAAUUACACUUCCUACAGUGUGCAUACUUUCUUAAAAGAUAGAUGAAAAUAAAAAUAAAGCAAGCUGUUUCUCCUACUUUGUGGUUCCAUAGUUUCCAAUAGUAUACCACUAUUGUGCUAUUUUCUUUCCAAGUAAAGUAUAAAACAACAGUUCUAAGAUAGGAAUAUCAAAAGAUUACACAUUCAGUUAUAGAUGCCAGGCUGAGCUCUAUAACAAUACCAUUCCGAUUUAAACUAAAGCAGAAAUAUGAAAAUUCUUUUAAGUCAAGUCAAUGGGGUAUUGAUUUUACCAUUCUGUAUACCAUGGGUCGUCAACCUGGUCCCUACCGCCCACUAGUGGGCGUUUCAGGAUUCCAGGUGGGCGGUAGGGAUUUUCUAAUUUUGAGAGACUGGGCGGGCGGGUGCGAGCCGGCGGUACCCCUGCGACCGGGUACCGCCAUCACCAUUUGCGGCCCCGGCCCGCGCGGCAAACCGCCGGUGCUGCAUAUGGAGGGUUCCAUCGGGUGGCCCAUUCUGUCAGGGCCAUCCGAUGGAUGUGGAUUGUAACAGCGCGACCGGGCCCCCUGUGAUUACAUCACUGAGCUGGGAGGAAGUGACUGCAUGUCACUCCUCCCAGCUAACACUGAGAGCCACGCGGGAGGAAGACCAGGGAGUCAGAGUGAUGCAUUAGUGGGCGGUAGGUAGAAAAAGGUUGGCUACCACUGCUGUAUACUGUUCAUUCCUGUGGCUUUUUACUUCAGUCACUGUAAUUUGAAUUGUUGUGCAUGUAAGAUUGCCAAUAUUUAUAAUUGUAUUGUUGUUACCCAUUUGUGACAACAAAAGUCAGAGUUGUAAUGGUUUACAGAGUUGUUUUUAUGUGGCCAAGUUCAUAGCAUAAACAACAAAGUUGUUACAUCAAAUUCCCCACAAGUUCAUCCCACUUCCCUGCAGAUGCAUCACUCUGUGUGUUGGAGGAAGGGAGUGUUCACGAGCUGGGGGGAAGGGGGUCUAGCAGCACGUUUUGAGAAUACAAGAGGCUGUCUCUUCCAUUCUCAGUUAUAAUCCCCAAGGCUUUUCAGAAUGGACAUCUCAUGCCUCAAUUCACAGGCUUGCACAAAAUCUUUCUAUUUCUAAAAAUUCGGAGGUGCAUUUGUUACAUUCUGACAUUUAACUGUUUCAGUGUUAGAAAUUUAGAUUUUACUUAGGCCUUAAUAUAUGUAACUGUUUAUGAAAUGCUCCUAUACUUUAAAACUGCCUUUAAUAAAUCUCUCUUUUGCGGCUAACCAUAUUAUCAUUAUUAUUAUUAUUAUUAUUAUUGGCAUUGACUAUACACCAACAGAUUUUGCAGCUCUUUACGAUAUUAUAAAGUGGACUUAAAUAGAAAAUGAGACAAACUAUUACAAAUUUUGAGCGGAACAACAGGUUGAUGUGGAUUUUGCUCAAACAAGCUUGCAAUCAAGUGGAGGAGGGGUAUAAAAACACAGGAGGAAAGGGAGCGUGAAGUAUAGCAACCAAGUGAGAAGCAGCAGAAUUGGAAUGUGAGCGUGAAGUGGAGUAUGGACCGACUAACUAAGAGAGUAAGGAAGUCCAUACUAUAUUCUGAAGGUUUGGACUUUUAGGGACUUCUUAAAGGAUUGAAGAGUAGAGGGGAGGCACGCUCUCCCUCUCUGCAUUCCCUCUCCACCCAUUCCCCAUCACCUCUGCUUGCCGGCUCAGAGAGCACAUAUGCUGAUUAAAGGUCCCAAUUACUAGUACCCAAUAGGGCAUUGUACAUUAAAAAAAAAAAAAAAAAAAGAGUUGGAGUAACCCUUUAAUGUGUGUGUUGCAUAUAUCCUGUCCUAGUAAUGCAGCAUUGAGAAGACUUGUGUAUAGUAGUGCAGGGAAUGUAAUUAAAGCUCAGCCUUAAUGGUCUUCAGCUAUAAAAAAAAUUGAUUGCAUGCUCUUUCUCUGUGUCCUUACCACUAUCUUUGCAUAGCUUGCUGUUUCAGUUAGUUCCUGUUAUGCGCUUUCGGAAAUAUUCAUGUUUUAUCACAGGAUGUGACCGAAAACCAGAUUCCUCAUUUCCUUGAGUACAGGAAAAGCUAGUUGAGAGCUUUUUGUAUACUUAACAUUAGUCAGGCCUUCUAGACAUAUAGCACAACAUGCUAAUAUUAGAUGUCUAUCAUUUUCUAGUUUUUAAUAAUACAUUAUUGAACAGUUGUUUUUUUGUUUUUUCUUACAUCUUUCCAGUCUUGUAAAAUGUUGCAAAAUGCGCAAACACAAAUUAUUAAACUGAAGAUCAAGCAACACAAAUACACCAACUCUGUGCCUUCAUCAGCUCUUGACUCCUGUUGACUUCAUAGCCCUUUGGCUUUCACAUUCGCAUUACACAACGCGUUAAUUAAUCCUCUUCAAAGCCAAGCUGUCAGUUCUAGAGAAGUGAUAGUUCCAUGUCCCCUCAACCCAAUAAGUGCUGUUUAAUUGUACUGAGGAGGUAAGAAAAAAUAAAAUAAUCUCUGCAGCACUUGCAUGUUCAGGCCAACAUUGAUACUCCUUGUGCAUUCAUUAGUGCUGCAAGUAUAUACUCUCUCAUAAAUUGCUAUAGUAUUGCGGUCUGUGAUGUGCUGCAGUUGUUAAUGUAAUUUACAUGCCAUUUUAUACAAAGUUAAAACUACUGAAUGUUUUUAGUAACAUAAAACCUCACUUUUAAUUAGCUAUUUGUGCAAAAUCGCGACAGUGACAAUUUAUUGUAAUAACGACACUUGCUAUGGUAAGUUGUUGUAGAUAAUUCAGGUACAUUAUUUCACUAGGAUCCACUCACUGACAUGUGAUUGUGUUUUGUGUUGACAUAAGACACAUUUAUUUCUACUAGUCGUACUACUACUAGUAGUUGUAGUUUAGCUUUCUGUUACUGACAGAGGAGCACAUUUAAUGACUUACAGUGUUGUCUAGUCAAUUGAUUUUGCAAUUUUGCAAAUUCUGUGCCUAAACUUUCAUAUUAUUUCACAGCUGACAUUGCUGACACAACAUUUGUGUACAUUUUUUAUUGCACUUCCCAUAUUUACACUUUGGCAGUGACUUAAAAGAACACUCCAUUCAAAAAAUGGGAGUGAGGAAUCACUAUUUUGUAGAUAUACCCCUAAUGAAAGCAUACAAGCAAAAUUUUUUUUAUUUUUUUUUGCUGUAUGUUAUCUAAAAAGACUUUGCAAAAACUGCAGUUCUUAUGACUUUGUCCUUUGCAAGAACCAAGAACUCCCCUUCUUUCCCGGAAAACACUUUCAGUCUCUUCAUGCGGAAAUAACCAGAGUCGUCUUAAUAAGAAACCUCUGAAUCAGUCCCUCCGUGUGCACAGUGCAACAUCGUUUAGCAAGAACUCUGGUCUGUUGUCAAGUCUCUGAGAAGGAAUGAGGGAGGAAACAGACACAUUCAAGAAGAGCUUGGCUGCCACUUCCAUUAGCUCUGGGGAGUUAAUGGAAAGUGGAGGCAAACCUGACUGCCUGUCUGAGUGACAUCCAUGGAGGUGUUUCAUAAUUUAAUUGUAAACAUUUUAAUUUCUCAUAGAAAUUGGCACUUGUAUAAACUGGAAUUAAAAUUGGAUACUCCUCAGCCAAUAAGCUCUUUAGCAAGCUGACAUGCUUAAUGGGUGUAGAGUAGUCCUUUGAACUGUCAGUAUGUUUUUAAUUUUUUUAAAUUUAUUUUUAAAUUGAUAAAUGGUUACUAUUUGUAUGAUUGCAUCAAAUAAAUCUAAGUAAUAAAUUAAACUAAGGAAAAUGGAAAUGCUUACAAAUUAUUAUCUUGCAUAUAAUUGAUAAUAAGGAUACAUAUAAUUUCAGGCUUGUCCAGUUGUUUAGUAGACUCCUUUACGGUCGAAAUAGUUCCAUUGUAAACAGCUGUUGUUUACUAGGCUCUAAGGGAUACAAAAUAUUUAUAUAUUCUAAUACAAAAAAUAAAUAUAUAUUUUUUUAAAUUAAUUUUAUUUUUAUUCUGAUUGAAAUAUUUGAAGAUUAAUUCACUUUAUUACCCUCUAGGUUUGCAAACCCACCUUUUUAAGUGCUUCUUGUUGUAUCCCUUCAGAAAUUAUCUGAUUUCAAUCAAACAUUUGUUUACAAACUCGUGUGUCACUUUAGUACUAGGCAUUUCCUAAUGUAAAGUAAACAAAAUACUGAUUAGUGAACAGCACACAGCAAAAAAUAGUUUUACAUUUGACUAGUUUCUUCAAAUGACCAAUUUUUGAAAACAAAUAUGAGUUUUCAGUUACACUAUAUGGCCAUAUUCAGUUACACUAAAUUUAACAUGGGAAAAUAACAUUCUAACAGCAAUACUUACUGCUUAAACGGCUUCCAGAGACGCUCCACAAUUUAUGCUUUCUUAUGGUCACUCCCAAAGGGAUGGUGGAUGGGUGAGGAUUCUCAGCCUAAUAGGAAUCAGGGCUGGAAUCAAAACAUACAUAGAAAAAAGAUGAAUUGGGGGCACACCCGGAACAUGCAUUUUUAAGUAAUUGUUCUGCUUUAAAGACCAAAAUACAUUACAAAAUACAGAUUUGGAAACAGAAAAAUUGGUAUUGGAGGCACGCCCGUAACACUACUUAUAAAUAUUAAACUUUGUGUAGGACCCAUCGAUAUUAAGGUACUGUGACAUAUAUACCCUUCUCCUGUCCCUCUCUGGCUAUCUCUUCAUAUAAUGCUGCCCUCACCUCUGCCCUAGACGCUGCAGCCCCGCUCCAAGCACGCAGCUCAAGGAGAACGCGCCUCCAUCUGUGGCACACUAAGUCAACCAGCUACCUGCAGAGAUGCUCCCGUUCAGCUGAAGGCUGCUGGAGGAAGUCUCGCACCUUGUCAGACUUUCUACAUUAUACAUUUGUCUUGCGUUCAUACAGCACGGCCCUCACCCUUGCUAAACAGUCCUACUUUCCUCUCUCAUUAGUUCAUGCUCCCGCAACAAUAGGCAUCUUUUUCAUACCUUUAACUCUCUUUUUCGCCAUGCUGUGGCCACCCCACAAACUAAUCUUUCAGCUGAUAGCUUUGCAUGUUACUUUGACAAGAUUAAACUGUUAAAUGAAUUCUCCCCUCUCUAUCUCAACCUCACUUGGACCAUGCCAUCACUACCCUCCAAGACUUUUCUCCAGCUACUGAACAGGAGGUGGCUGCACUUCUCCUUUCCUCUUGUCCCACCACGUGUCCGCUUGAUCCCAUCCCAUCCUACUUCAUCAGAUCUCUCGCCCCUUGUCUGGUGCAGUCAUUAACGCACAUCCUCAACUGCUCUCUUCUGGUGUUGUCCCAGCUCCCCUUUAACAUGCUACUGUUGUACCUGUACUCAAAAAGCCAUCUCUUGACCCAACUUCCCCUUUCAACUAUCGUCCCAAAUACCUGCUCCCUUUUUCCUCAGAGCUUUUGGAAAGGCUUGUCUUUACCCGUCUGACUUGCUUCCUCAAUUCCAACUCUCUCCUCGACCUUCUUCAGUCUGCGUUCCGCCCACUCCACCGAGACUGCGCUUACUCAAGUUACAAAUGAUCUAAUUGCUGCUAAAUCCAAAGGCCACUACUCCGUACUUAUUUUUCUUGACCUCUCUGCUGCCUUUGACACUGUUGAUCAUGUCCUCCUACUCCUAACUCUUUAAUCUCUUAGUCUCUGUGACACAGCCCUCUCAUGGUUUUCCUCCUAUUUCUCCCAAUGCUCUUUCAGUUUCUCUUUAUCCAAUUACACCUCCUCCUCAUCCUGUCUCCUCAAGAUUCAGUUCUUGGUCCCCUUUUGUUCUCUCUCUUACUGCCUCUCUUGGCAAACUCAUUAAUUUGGAUUCCACUACCACCUGUACGCUGACAACACCCAGAUAUAUCUCUCCUCUCCCCUGCUGUCCUACAACGUGUUGCCUAUUGCCUUUCUUCUAUCUCUGAAUUGAUGUCCUCCAGCUUUCUGAAACUCAAUCUCUCUAAAACUGAGUUUCUUAUUUUUCUUCCUCAUAACACUGAUCUCCCUCCUUCACUCUCCCUGCAGGUUGAUGGUACCUGCCUCACCCCAUCCUUUCAAGCUCAUUGUCUUCUUGUCAUUUUUGAUCCUGGCCUCACCUUUGCGCUUCAUGUCCGGACUGUUGCUAAAACCUGUUGAUUCCACCUUAAAAACAUUGCCCGCAUACGCCACUUUUUUAUGCAAGAUGCUGCCAAGGAGAUUGUUCAUGCUCUAGUAAAUUCUCCUAUAAAUUACUGUAAUUCUCUCCUAAUUGGUUUCCCCAGAAGCCAUACUGCUCCCCUACAAUCUGUGAUGAAUGCUGCUGCCAGGCUGUUCUUUCUCCCCCGUCGCUCCUCUCACCUCUGUUGAUCCUUACACUGGCUUCCUGUACCCUUCAGGUGUCAAUUAAAAAUACUAACCCUUACCUAUAAAUCUCUAACCAACUCUAGCCCCUCUUACGUAUCUUCACUGAUUCACAGGUAUAUGCCCCCUUUCGGUCUCUCCGCUCUACUGGUGACCACCUCCUGUCUGCUGCUCGCACCCUUACUGCAAAUUCACGCCUACAAGACUUCUCACGGGCUCCUUUUCUUUGGAGUAGCCUGCCUACCCCUGUCAGACUCUCCUCUAGUCUUUAAGAAGUCCCUCAAAACCCAUCUUUUCAGGAUUGCUUAUACCUCCAAGAGUAACUUCUCUCUCUCAAACCCCUCUCUUGCUCUCUCCUCAAGGGCCACCACUCCACUCUCGCCUCCAGUUCUGCUACUUUCCUACCACGUCUAUUUGCCGUCUCCCUCAAUACCCUUCAUGUUGUGUUUUUAUACCCCACCUCCUCUAGACUGUAAGCUUGUGUGAGCAGGGUCCUCAACUACCUAUUGUUCCUGUUACACUUUGUUAUUGUGUCAUUUGGUAAAUUCACCCCCCCCCCUUUUUUUUUUUUUUUUAAAUCAAAAUUAAAUAUUAGGUUUUUGUUCACUUUCUAUGUUCAUUUGUGCUACAACAUGUAGUUUAGAGGUUCAAAUGCUAUAAUACGUGCCCAUUGCAAGAGAUUUUAUGUCUCUUUAACCUUUGUUAUAGUUAUGUUAUUUAUAAUUGCGGUAGUUUGCAUAAAUCACUACAUCUAUUAGCCUUUCCAUUUUGUCAGACUAAUAGAAAUAGUUGGCUAUCCAGGUAUUUGUAUGGAGCGCACUUUGUGUAGGGGUACACUGUCUAAGGUCCCACCUCUCCUAUUAGUCUCAAGACAGGUCAAGCUCUGGCAAACUCUGUACACUGUUCCAUUGCCAAAACUGUGAAUGAGGGUUUAAAUAGAGUACUGAUCACUUUAGUAUAGCUGCUGUUGGCCUAUUCAGAAGUUUCACUCAUCCUAUCUGAUUAAUGGAACUAACCCUCUGGACUGAACUACAUAUGCUUUAAACCCCUACUGAAGAGGAAUGUAUGGCAUACGAGAAAGCCCCAUAUACCAAAAGCUUCUGAACUUUAAAGGUGAAUAACUUUUUUUUAUUUUUUUUAUGCAUUAAAAAUAAGUGACACUGGGAUUGACAAAUGGCUGAUGUUCUAUCAAAGCCUCAGUUAUUUCUGUUUUUGUCUUCUCCCCUCUCCCCUCUCAUAUUAAAUGCAGUGAUCUUAAAAUAAAAGUUGGUGACCAAAUGAUUAGUGCUCACAAGUUUGUGCUGGCUGCAAGAAGUGAGACUUGGAGUCUGGCCAACCUAGCCUCAACUAAAGAGAUAGACCUCUCAGGUGAGUGUUUUUGUUUUGUUUUUUCCUGGUCAUUUGUUUUUUUAUUCUCUUCUGUGCAUGAUUUUGUAAACAUGCAAAAAUCAUUGGGCACAUGUUAGCCCAUAACUUGCAGCCUAUAAUUGCUGUCAAAUGUUGGACAGUUAAUGCAGAUUGAGGGUCUAGGUCAGGCAUAGGCAACCUUCGGCACUCCAGAUGUUUUGGACUACACCUCCCGUGAUGCUUUGCCUGCAUUAUGGGUGAUGUCACAACAUCUGGAGUGCCGAAGGUUGCCUGUCUCUGGUCUAGGUUAUACUGCAGGGAAAGGCACAUGUUUGAAAUAGAAUAAAAAUGAUGUUUUAAAAGUUAGUAUAAAUCAAUUUUACUGAAAACAGAUGAACAUUGUUCAAAAACCUAUGGCAGCAUAACCACCACGAUGAACUUUAGCUGUUAUGGUACUUACAGUGACUCUGUAUGUAUGUAUUUUUUUUUUUUUUUUAAAUGUAUUUAUUUUUUUGUCUACCAAGUUAAGUCACAUUUUCAUAUUUCAAAGUCCAUUGAGUGCAUAGGAGUAAUUACUUUGCAUUCUUCUGGAUGAGAUGUGCUUGCGUAUAGGUCUAGUUGUUCAGAUUUGCACACAGCAUGCUGCACAACAUAUUAGUAUUGAGUCAUGCUAAUCCUUAUUGGAACUAGUUGAUGACAAUUGCAGGGAUCUCUUUUUUUAGAGGAGCAAAAUGUGAUAUCACGCUCUGCAAAUCAUCAGGAAUUUGUGGGAAGAGAACAUUUAUUACAUAUGUAGGGACAUUUCUCUGCAUAACUGUUUGAUAAUAGCUGAUUUUGCAGUGUUAGUGCAGGUGGCAGUGCAGAGACCUUGAGGAUGUGAUAAUCUCCUUGGUUAAAUUACUUAUAGUAGUAUUAGUAUCACUAUAUUGCUUUGGGUUGAAUAGCUGCCCUGGUUGUGAUGUGUAACCUACCAUUUGCAGUACUAUACAGAUGUUUAUCAGGAAUGAAGCUUGGCCUCUCUACCCCCAGAUUCGAAUACAGAGGUGACCAUGGCAAUGCUGCAGUGGGUCUACACUGAUGAGUUGGAUUUGAAAGAAGAUGAUAUCUUCUUAACAGAGCUGAUGAAGCUUGCAAAUCGUUUUCAACUUCAACCCCUGCGGGAAAGGUAAUGGCAAUGGUUUUAAAGGAUGGAUGGACAACCAGUUAUUAUCCUGCAAGUGUUGUGAUAACAUUAUUGUUCUUUUUGCAGUGCAUUAAAGCAGACCCGUUGUUUUUUUUUUUUUUUUUGCCUUUGUCUGUCAUUUUAGAUUUUUCACACACCAACGUACACAGCUAUAAACACAGAAGGAGAGCCUGCAUAGAGCCCCCAUUUUUCAAAUUAUUGUUAAAUCUAGACACAUGAAAAAACACAAGGACAGCGCUAUAUGUAUGCAAAAUGGCACAAACUUCUACGGAAAAUGUAUUGUUACUAUAACAAGCGUUUCUCCCUUUUUUCAGUGCAAAUGAAACACAGAAACAUAGAAUGUGACGGCAGAUAAGAACCAUUCGGCCCAUCUAGUCUGCCCAAUUUUCUAAAUACUUUCAUUGGUCCCUAGCCUUAUCUUAUAGUUAGAAUAGCAUUAUGCAUAUUCCAUGCAUGCUUAAACUCCUUUACCGUGUUAACCUCUACCACUUCAGCUGGAAGACUGUUCCAUGCAUCCACUACCCUCUCAGUAAAGUAAUACUUCCUGAUAUUAUUUUUAAACCUUUGUCCCUCUAAUUUAAGACUAUGUCCUCUUGCUGUGGUAGUUUUUCUUCUUUUAAAUAUAGUAUCCUCCUUUACUGUUUUGAUUCCCUUUAUGUAUUUAAAUGUUUCUAUCAUAUCCCCCCUGUCUCGUCUUUCCUCCAAAUUAUACAUGUUAAGAUCCUUUAACCUUUCCUGGUAAGUUUUGUCCCGCAAUCCAUGAACCAAUUUAGUAGCCCUUCUCUAAACUCUCUCUAAUGUAUCAAUAUCCUUCUGAAGAUAUGGGCUCCAGUACUGCGUACAAUACUCCAAGUGAGGUCUCACCAGUGUUCUGUACAAUGGCAUGAGCAAUUCCCUCUUUCUACUACUAAUACCUCUCUCUAUACAACCAAGCAUUUGCUAGCAUUUCCUGCUGCUCCAAUACAGUGUCUGCUACCUUUAAAUUAUCAGAAAUAAUCACCCCUAAAUCUGUUUCCUCAUAUGUUUAGGUUAGGACUCUAUCAAAUAUUCUGUACUCUGCCCUUGGGUUUUUACGUCCAAGAUGCAUUAUCUUGCACAUAUUAAGUGUCAGUUGCCACAACUCUGACUAUUUUUCUAGUUUACCUAAAUCAUUUGGCUUAUUCAUCCUGGAACAUCAACCCUGUUACAUAUCUUAGUAUCAUCAGCAAAAAGACAUACCUUACCAUCAAGACCUUCUGCAACAUCACUAAUAAAAAUAUUAAAGAGAAUGGGUCCAAGUACAGAUCCCCCACUGGUGACAAGACCAUGCUUCGAAUAUACUCUAUUGACUACAACCCUCUGUUGCCUGUCACUCAGCCACUGCCUUAGCCAUUCAACAAUAUUGUAAUCCAAACUUAAAGAUUCCAGUUUAUUGAUAAGCCGUCUAUGUGCAACAGUGUCAAAAGCCUUACUGAAAUCUAGGUAAGCAAUGUCUACUGCACCACCCUGAUCUAUUAUUUUAGUUACCCAAUCAAUAAAAAUCAAUAAGAUUAGUUUGGCAUGAUCUCCCUGAAGUAAACCCAUGUUGUCUCUGAUCUUAAAAUCCAUGUGUUUUUAGAUGUUCAACAAUCCUAUCCUUUAACAUGGUUUCCAUUACUUUCCCCACUACUGAAGUAAGGCUUACUGGCCUAUAGUUACCCGACUCCUCCCUACUACCUUACUUGUGAAUGGGCACAACAUUUGCUAAAAAUGGGGCAUUUUGAAUUCUAAAAGGGUAGAAACUGAAAUUAUAUUGAUGUCCUUGAAUACAUUUUGCAUGAAUGUAACGUUGCCCUCGUGGUUUUUUUUUUUCGAUUUCUAAGCAACAUGGGGCUGGUGUAACAGUAGCAGUGUUUUCUUUUGUAUUUGUAUAGGUACUGCAGAACCUAUGCUCCAUUCUAGAGUGACUAUCUUAUGGGCUUUUCUUUCCUUGUGGCAACCAGUAACACAAUAACAAUUCAUUUUUGUGUGGCUCAUAGUUUUGUUUUAUUUUUUUGAUAGGGUCCCAAAUUAUAUUCCAUUGCACAAUUAGUGCACCAAAAAAAAUAAAAUAUCGAUGUGCCAAAUGUGUGAAGACAACUGUGUACAGGGAGUGCAGAAUUAUUAGGCAAAUGAGUAUUUUGACCACAUCAUCCUCUUUAUGCAUGUUGUCUUACUCCAAGCUGUAUAGGCUCGAAAGCCUACUACCAAUUAAGCAUAUUAGGUGAUGUGCAUCUCUGUAAUGAGAAGGGGUGUGGUCUAAUGACAUCACCACCCUAUAUCAGGUGUGCAUAAUUAUUAGGCAACUUCCUUUCCUUUGGCAAAAUGGGUCAAAAGAAGGACUUGACAGGCUCAGAAAAGUCAAAAAUAGUAAGAUAUCUUGCAGAGGGAUGCAGCACUUUUAAAAUUGCAAAGCUUCUGAAGCGUGAUCAUCGAACAAUCAAGCGUUUCAUUCAAAAUAGUCAACAGGGUCACAAGAAGCGUGUGGAAAAACCAAGGCGCAAAAUAACUGCCCAUGAACUGAGAAAAGUCAAGCGUGCAGCUGCCACGAUGCCACUUGCCACCAGUUUGGCCAUAUUUCAGAGCUGCAACAUCACUGGAGUGCCCAAAAGCACAAGGUGCGCAAUACUCAGAGACAUGGCCAAGGUAAGAAAGGCUGAAAGACGACCACCACUGAACAAGACACACAAGCUGAAACGUCAAGACUGGGCCAAGAAAUAUCUCAAGACUGAUUUUUCUAAGGUUUUAUGGACUGAUGAAAUGAGAGUGAGUCUUGAUGGGCCAGAUGGAUGGGCCCGUGGCUGGAUUGGUAAAGGGCAGAGAGCCCCAGUCCGACUCAGAAGCCAGCAAGGUGGAGGUGGAGUACUGGUUUGGGCUGGUAUCAUCAAAGAUGAGCUUGUGGGGCCUUUUCGGGUUGAGGAUGGAGUCAAGCUCAACUCCCAGUCCCACUGCCAGUUCCUGGAAGACACCUUCUUCAAGCAGUGGUACACGAAGAAGUCUGCAUCCUUCAAGAAAAACAUGAUUUUCAUGCAGGACAAUGCUCCAUCACACGCGUCCAAGUACUCCACAGCGUGGCUGGCAAGAAAGGGUAUAAAAGAAGAAAUCUAAUGACAUGGCCUCCUUGUUCACCUGAUCUGAACCCCAUUGAGAACCUGUGGUCCAUCAUCAAAUGUGAGAUUUACAAGGAGGGAAAACAGUACACCUCUCUGAACAGUGUCUGGCAGGCUGUGGUUGCUGCUGCACGCAAUGUUGAUGGUGAACAGAUCAAAACACUGACAGAAUCCAUGGAUGGCAGGCUUUUGAGUGUCCUUGCAAAGAAAAGUGGCUAUAUUGGUCACUGAUUUGUUUUUGUUUUGUUUUUGAAUGUCAGAAAUGUAUAUUUGUGAAUGCUGAGAUGUUAUAUUGGUUUCACUGGUAAUAAUAAAUAAUUGAAAUGGGUAUAUAUUUGUUUUUUGUUAAGUUGCCUAAUAAUUAUGCACAGUAAUAGUCACCUGCACACACAGAUAUCCCCCUAACAUAGCUAAAACUAAAAAACAAACUAAAAACUACUUCCAAAAAUAUUCAGCUUUGAUAUUAAUGAGUUUUUUGGGUUCAUUGAGAACAUGGUUGUUGUUCAAUAAUAAAAUUAAUCCUCAAAAAUACAACUUGCCUAAUAAUUCCGCACUCCCUGUAUAUUUCCCUAUGCAGCAAUCGUAUCCGAGGAUCCACACUGAAUCCUUCAAAGCAUGUAUAAGAAUAUCCCCUGCAAUUACGGUAGUGAUAGAAAAGAAAAAUCAAAGAUAUCUACCUAAUGGAAAAACGUACUGCUCACGUUAGGCACUCCAUUAAAUUAUUUUCCAAAGCGUGGCAGCCAUGGGAGGAGAGACCGUAUUCUGGAACAGAUGGCUCGGAGUUGUUAUGGUUAGGGACCCACUGAGAAAUGCCACCAUCAUCCUUUAACCCCACUCUUUGUCGUUCCCACCAUUUCCGAUACUCAUAAACUCCCUGUAACAAAUGUCAUUAAGUAUAGUCUUUGUGAUGGUCUGUUCAAUGGUUUCUGCAAAUUUAAUUAAAGAAUAAUCAUUUUUUUUUAAAAAAGGUAAUGUAGUGUUAGAUAUACAUUCACAUGUGGAUAUGGGAGAAAUGCUUUCUUCAGACCAAAAUUGACCAAUAUAAUAUAACAAUACUAAUGAAGCUUAUUUCUCCGUGACAAAGAGAGAAAAGAGUAGAUAAUGGUACAGACCAUUUCUUAUAAAUCUAAAAAUACACUCCUACCUAUGUGCUUUAUCCAUAACUAGAAUUAAAAGAAGAAUUAAAGUGACUCUUUAAGCAUCAUAACACCUGUCAUGAUUUUGGCCCCCAUUUUCUGUCAAACCACCUUGAACUCUCUCUUGCUCUUCUCGAGCCUCCAAUAUAAAGAGGAAUAUUCACUUCCUCAUUUUUCAGCCAAAACUGUCCAGCAUUCUAUGGAAGUGGUUGGGUUCAAGUGAAUGUUGCAGGUUAAUCAGCACUCCAGACCUAUAAUUGCUAUAUUAGGUUGGAGGAAUAAUACAGAAUGCAAUCUUCUGUAUUAUCUAAUCUGUUGCAGAGGUUCUGGGUCUUGGAAGCCAGGGACUAUUUUUCAUUUAUUUUACAUAUGAUACCUAUUGGUGUUUUAUAAUAAAGUACAUGGGGUAGGAGCCAAGCUCCUAAAAAGGUUGUAUUCUCCCUCGAUGGGCUCUGUACCUAACCGUUGUAUCAUGGUGCUAUUAAGUCACUCCGAAGCCCGAAAACAGGGGUUUUGCCACUCUUGCCUAUAUGGGUCAAAAGACAAAAACCAGGAGCCAGACAAGCCCAGGUUGGGAGUGAAUAUUUAAGGCUUCCUCAGACAAGCGUAUGGCGUGUUUGGGCCCAAGAUGGCCGCCGAUCUUGAUUACUUACCAGCCUCAGACAGUCCCACAGAGUACAGACUCUAUGCCUGUGACGACUGCCAUCCUCAAGGAGAUGCUUACUGAUCUCCAGAAAACACUACAAGCAGAUGUGGCAUCGCACAGCACUGAGAUCACAGGCCUGGUUGGUCUCUUCGGGACAGUGGAAAUGGCGUUGGCAAACCAAACACAGAAUUACUUGAAAACGAAUUGUGCACACGUCAAAAACAGCAGGCAAUAACAGAGCAACAACAGAGGAGGGGCCAGCGCUAAUUAACAAAGCAACCCUAAAAAGGGAAAUCCUUCAAACCCUUAAAAAAAAAACAGAAGUAGAUGGCAGAAAGAGGAAUAAGGGCCGAACAAAAUAUAAUAUAAGGAGAUAAAAAACAAUGUAGGGAGUUAAAAAACAAUGUCCAAGAAAAGAGUCACAAAUAAAAGAAAGUCCGAAUAUACAGUAAAUAAGAGUAGAAAAAGAAGGAUCUCACUCAGAUCAAAUGGUAGGUAAUGUGCUUAACCGGGAAUAAUGUCCUGAGUGUCUUUGUCCAGGUAGAUCCAAUAAUAUGAAAGACAAAAAGUAGGAGGGACAAGUAGUGCAAUAUGUACAAUCCAAUAUAUUCGCUAUAUAGAAAAGAUGGUAGUCAACUCACAUUUACAAGAGCUAUAACUAGGUAUAAUCCCCGCUUAUGGUAUAUAUAGUAGAUGUUUUCCGUCAGGGAUGUAUCCAACACUCAAAAAAAAGGUAAAGAGACAACUGAUAGUGCUCACUAUUAUAGAAUUGUCAGUAAUAAACAAAUAAAAUAAUACUCAAGUGUAGAGCAGGCAAACUGCUCUUUGAUGUCAGCGUUGGUGGUAUUUUUUUUAAUUCACUUGAAGUCUGUUAUGACGAAACGCGUUUGGAUGUUUGAAUUUUGUGUAUUUUAAAGCUAAAUAAAGUUCUUUGGUCACUUAUUUGUGCCAAUCAGCUUUUUAAAUACACUUUUUAUUAUUUUAUUUCUACCUGGCAUUUUUACUUAGUGCUCCAAGAUAUCCUAGGUGGGGAAAAUACCACCAACGUUGACAUCUCCCCACUCGCCAGUCCACCUAACUUUUGUCCUUGCUUUCAUUAAAAAGUGUUAUUUUGUAAGCAUAUGCAUUAUGUUUUACUUAUUACAAAUAUGUCCUUGUAAUGUAUGAAACUAUUCCUUCAUGUCAGUGAGUUGAACAUAAAUAUAUAAUAAAAAAUGUAAAAUAAAAAUAAAGUACAUGGAUAUGAUGCCACUAAACAAGAGCUUGUGUAUAGCUAACAUGUAAAGGCCAUGCAUCAUUUUAUUGCAUGUGUACCAUCUUAUUUACAUUUGUAUCUUUGUACCAGGUGUGAAAAGGGAGUCAUGUCAUUGGUGAAUGUGAGGAACUGUAUACGUUUCUACCAGACGGCAGAGGAGCUCAACGCCAGUACAUUGUUAAACUAUUGUGGAGAAAUUAUUGCGAGUCACUGGGUAAGGCAAUAUAUCAUGUGCUGCAUCGCCUCUAUUACAUGCAUUUAUAAUUUUUUAAUUUUUUUUUUAAAGAAAUUCGGAGAAAGACACAUGCUCGCAUCCAAAGCUUUUCAUAAGAGUGCAUGAAUUCAAUGCUUUCCUUUCUAAGUCAAUGCAGCGGAAACAUCUCCUGGAGGCAUUCACUAAGAAACUAGAGUUGUGUUUUAACAUUACACUUUUGUAGAAAAAUCUGGUUGACUUUAGUUGUUCUUUAAGUUUCUGCCACAGCACAACGUUAGUUGAUCAUUUACUCGAGUGAGGGAAUCGGGAGCUGUAAUUUCCAGAGUAUACACCGUUUCUCUUUCAUUUCUCUUUUGUAAUAUUCUUCACUUAUUCACAGUAGCACUUUUGGAAGAGAAUCCACUAUUGCACAUUGAAGCAGUUCAUUUGAAUAUUAGGGUCACAUACAUUAUGGAAUAAAAUUUAUUUCAGGGGAUGCUGACAUUUGUAUUUUAUUUGUCAAGUAAAAUGAAAGGAAACUCAAUAUUUAUUUAUAAUGCACGAGUGUUCCUUUCUUGGUAAACAUUUUCCUCUCCUUUUUUUUUUUUUUUUUUUAAUCAAAAUUACGUUAAAGAGGCACUAUAGUCACAAAAACAACUUUAGCCUAAUGAAGCAGCUUUUGUGUAUAGAUCAUGCAUCUGAAGUUUGACUGCUCAAUUCUCUGCUAUGUAGGAGUUAAAUCACUUUUGUUUCCGUUUAUGCAGACCUAGCCACACCUCCCCUGGCUGUGACUGACACCGCCUGCAUGAAAUCAAAAUGGUUUCAUUUUAAAUCAGAUGUAACUUACUCUAAACGUUUUUAUCUCUUGCUCUGUAAAUUGAACUUCAGUUACAUACAGGAGGCUCCUGCAGGGUUUAGCAAGCUAUUAACAGAACAGAAGAUAAAAAAUUCUAAAUAAAACAGAGUUUGCAAUACAGGAAGUGUAAACAUUAUACGAAUUUCCAGGAAGUGUUUAGCAAGGUUGUGUAAGUCACAUGCAGUAAGGUGUGAAUAGUGCUUUAUACACAAAGUGAUUUAACUCCUAAAUGACACAGAAUUGAGCAGUAAAACUGCAUGGGCGUGAUCUAUAAACCAAAACUGCUUCAUUAAGCUAAAGUUGUUUUGGUGACUAUAGUGUCCUUUUAAAUAGUGUAUCUGUUUUCAGGCUAUAUGUGAUGAUUAUACACAAGUAUAUAUCAGGUGUUUGCUUCUUUAUUACUUGCUGUGAAUGAAAUAGUUGUCCAUGUACAACAGCAAAAAAAGUGUCUUAUCAGACAAUUCUUGUAUAUAUUGCUCAAUUUAAUGUGUUUAUUUGAAUUCUGUAGGAUGACCUAAGAAAAGAAGACUUCAGUUCAAUGAGUGCUCAGCUGUUGUAUAAAAUGAUUAAAUCAAAAACUCAAUUCCCUUUGCACAAAGCAAUUAAGUUGGAAAGAGAAGAUGUUGUUUUCUUGUACCUGAUUGAAAUGGAUUCCCAGGUAUGAUAAGAGCUUGACAUUGUGGAAUCAGAAUAUUGCUAGUAUCUAGAGAUUUGGUGACAGGAUGUUAUGUAUGCUUGAGAACUGUUAUCAGGUUGCAAUGAAAGCCCUGAGAAACACUAGUAAUCGGAGAAUGUUUUUUUCUUUGGACAGAUAUUCAUUGCAACAUUUGAAUGAGUUAUGUGUUUCUUUGUUGCUGUUGUUUUUUUGUUACCAAUAUUUUCUCAUUAUUUGCAGUGGGUCCCUCAUAAUCUGCCAGAUAUUCCAAAACUGUUUUAUAUAAAAUGUGUUAAAAAAUAAAUGUCAGAUACUUUUUUUUUUUUUCAAUUCUUUAUUUUUGUGGUUCAGAAGACAAUAUACAGGCUUACAUAAACAUUUCUCUUGAGUAUACAUAGCUCAACUCAGAAGAGUUAGCGACUUAUGAAAUGUUUAGGGAAUUGCACUUUUUGUAAUAAGAGGAAAUACAGGAGCAUAGUUCUAAUAAUAAAAGCAGAAAUAUGUUAAAUCAUGUUAUAGAAAACCAUAGAACUGUAGAUAAGCGUAUAAGAUAUAUAUACAUAUACAAAUUGAAAAUGCAGGCUGCACUCACGGUCUUUAAAUUUCAAUGGUGUUUAUUUGAUCAAACAGACAGGUCGUUUUGGUCCACGCAGGGACCUUCCUCAGGAUCAAGUGACUCAACAAUAAAAUCAAACAACUUCAAAUAUAUAACUAAAAUCAUUAUAGAUAAGUGACUUACCCCAGGUGUUGUGCUUAAUCCCUGGCGUUCACCACGCGUGUGCGACAACCUGUGUGCCCUCACGUUGACCCGCGACCCAUGCGUGAUGAUGUAACAAACACGUCAUUGCCUCAGCAACGUUUGUACACAUCUCCAUGGGAACCGCUACGGAACAAGUACAAAAAUAAGUGACAGAGAAUAGCCCGGCAGGGUGAAAAGACAUAUGGGAAAUAAAUGUGAAAUGAUAGAAAGGAUAGUGUGUGUGUGUGUGUGUGUAUGUAUAUAUGUAUAUAUGUAUAUAUGUAUAUAUAUGUGUAUAUAUUCUCUAUCCAACAAAUUUUGCACCACCUUACAGUGGGUGGACGAACAAAUGUAGUUGUAAAGAGACAAGUUGGACACACAGGAACAGAGGGGUUGAGGGCCCUGCUCAAUGAGCUUACAUGCUAGAGGGAGUUGGGUAAAGUGACACAAAAGGUAAGGAUAGUAUUAGACUAAUGACAGUUGCAAGAGAGGAAUCAGUCCGGAGCUAUUAACCGUUUAAUUGAUACGCUUUUAUGAAGAAGUUUUUUUUUUUUUUUGUCAAUCUUUGUUUUUAUUGAGGCAUAUGAUGGCUCAGUACAGAAAGUAAAACAAGGGGUUAAUGCAUGAAAAACAUACGUUAUGCAUAACUGGUUUGUACAGUGGUUGCAUGUACUCCCAAGAAUAACUGUCCGAAGACUUAUCUCGUCCGGCAGCCAGCUCCCAAAGUUUAGGCAGUCAGCCGAUUCCCUGACUGGGCUUCCACCUUCCUUGGGUACAAUGUCCACCUAGCAUGUUUUUAUCUCCCAAUGUGGCGUCGUGCGGAUCUUCCUGCCGGAGUGGGAGAAGAAGUGGGUUUUUAAUGAUUUUUUUUGAAGGAGUGGAAACUGGGUGAGCAUCUAACAGAGGAGGGAAGUGAGUUCCACAGGAACGGUGCAGCCCUCGAGAAGUCUUGAAGGCGACCAUCAGAGGUGGGAGUAUGGACAGAAGAUAGACGCAAAUCUUCAGCAGAGCGUAAGCGCCUAGACGGGACAUACCUGUGUAUUAGGGAGGAUAGAUAGGUGGGAGCAGCCUUAUGUAUACAUUUGAGAGAGAAAACCAGAAUUUUAAAUUGAGCCCUAUAUCUUACAGGAAGCCAAUGUAGGGACUCACAGAAGGGUGAGGCGUGGGCGCUGGGGACGGACAGGGCUAUGAGCCUUGCCGCCGCAUUAAUUAUGGUCUGUAACAGCGCAAGUUGGGAGCACAGGAAGUCUGUCAAUCUCGCAUACACAACUUUCAAGGAUCUUGGACACAAAAGGCAGUAGUGACAUAGGAUGGUAGUUGGAAGGGGAGUUAGGGUCAAGGUUUGGCUUCUUUAGAAUUAGGGUUACCGUUGCAUGUUUAAAGGGAGAUGGAAAUAUGCCAAAGGGGGGAGAGAGAUUGAGAAUUUUAGUGAGAGGUAGAGAAGUAGUACGGAUGAGAUGCGAUUGAAUUGGAUCUAGGGAGCAUGUGGUGGGGCAGGAGGACUGGAGCAGAGCAGAAACCUCUUCUGCUGUAGCGGGUGCGAAUGAACAUAGAACAGCAGAGGGAGUGAGGUUAGGAGAUGUAUUGUAAGGGGAAGAAGAAAGAUUAGAGAUCUCUUCCCUGAUUGUAGAGAUCUUGUCAGUGAAGUUGCAAAGUCUGAAGUGGUCAAGUUAGUAGGUGGAGGAGGAACAAUAGGGUGAAAUAGUUGUUUGGGUUCGCAGGAGAGUGUGGUUAUAAGGGUAUUGAAGUAAUUUACUUUUGCAGAGGAAAGAGACAAGCUGUAUUAGCGCAGCAUAAAUUUAUAGUGGAGAAAGUCAGACGCACAGUGAGACUUUCUCCAACAGCGUUCAGCGGUUCUGGGGCAUUUUUACUAAUAUAACCAAGCUGCAAUUGAGAGUGAAGGGGAACUUAACCGAUGCCUAUGGAAGGAGUUUUCCAGCUGUCCUUGACGGUUGUAACCACGUUGAAGCCCUACCACUGAACCACAGACUACAGAGCAUCAAGAUGGUUUAUUGCCAUGAGAGUAAUCCGGUCAGUGAUUCUCGGUUUUGUACCCCCUGGUAGAGUGGAGGCGCCUGUGUCACGCUGGUCACACUGGUGGCGAAGAUGUGUGUGUCUCUGCUGUCAUAGUGAGUGAUGGGUAUUGUUGACCAGCCGAAAGCAAACCGCUCGUCACAGCGCCUUCUUGCGCCUUCUCCUACGCUGUAAAUCUCCCGGGACACGUGGGGAAUGCCCAUAAUUGCAGCUUUGGUUGACCGGACGGCACUGGGACGCUGUAGUUCGUCCUGUAGAGGCUGUGAGCCCCUCUCACGGAGCUGUGCCUUAAAGGCUUCACAGAGGCGAUCAAAAGCCUGGAAUAGUGGUUCCACGUAUGUGGAAGUUGGCGGGGAGUUGCUUAUUGCGAUAGGCGGUAAGUGUGGUGGCCCUCUUGAUUGUUAGGCCUUGAAUCGCAGGCAGGGUGGAUUACCUGGCUAGGUGACCACUCCAACACACCAGUGGGGACUGUGAUAACCCCCACCGGUCCAAAGGGGAGGGGGGGGAACAGGGCAUACAGCUCAAAAGCUCCAAUUGAAGGCGGUGAUAAGCUUUUAGCUAAAAGCAGGGUUUAAUGCCCAAUUUGAGGCUUUUUAACACAACACAAUUUCCCUGAGGAGCACCAGCACCAUGUGACAGUCUCGCUUGGCUGUCAGGCCAUGCCCCCCUAUGAUGUCAAAUUUUGAUAACAUCAGAAGGCUGGUUAUGCAACUUUUCCUCCUGCCUAUCAGCUGCCUAUGAAGCCGUGCAUUAGUAACAGGUAACUGAAUUGCAGCAAAGUCUAAAAAUAUAACUUUUGACAAUUAUUUAGUCAAAAGCGAUAACUUUUAAAUUUACUUUUUGGAAAAGCAAAUGUGCACAGAUGUUUUGUGUUUUGUUUUUUUGGACUGUUAACAGUGCUCUGUGCCCCAGGUUAGCUGCAAAUCUUUUAUUUACUUAUUAAACUGCAGAACAAUUAAAAAAAUAAAAAUAAAGUCAGCACAAAGUAUAGACUUUACUGUGUACUGUAUAUAAUGUUCACACACUGGACAAAUAUUUGAGUAGCAGAAAAUGACCUUUCUUGUGUGACAUCUGCAAAACCGGUAUGGAAUUGGCUUAUAGCCACACUAAUUUAUUUCACUGUGGUAAGAAACAAUUGUAUUCAGAGAGGAAGAGAGACGUGCACUGCAUUUCCAUGCAAUAGUGGCUGUUAGUGCUCGAUGUGACCCUUUUAACCCCUUAAGGACACCUGACAUGUGUGACAUGUCAUGAUUCCCCUUUAUUCCAGAAGUUUGGUUCUUAAGGGGUUAAGGAAAGGAGCUUAAUUAGCCCAAUUCCUGUUUCUAAGCCUCACUUUUGUGUAUUGGCACAGACAAGAUUGAGCUCCUGUGUUGCUAAAGGGACCUAAUGUCCUGCUGACAACUUUACUUAAUGCAUGCCCACAUGGAGAACUUACUACUUUUAUGAUAGUGGAAAUAAAGCUUGAUUCAUCAUUGUAAUUUAAAAAAAAAAAAAAAAUUGUAUCUUUUUUACUUUUGUAAAUAUUUGUGUCUGACAAAAAGAUGGUAAUUUUAGAAUAAUUAAACUGAGAACUAUUUACAAAUAAUAAUCCCAUUACUAUAAACUGAAGUGAGCAUAGACAUCGGCAUGAUUUGGUUGGUUUUAUAGAACUAUAGUUCUUCCCAUUUAACAUCUCAGUGGGGGUUGUGUAUAAGAGAAAUUCUAGGGCAUAGCAUUACAAGUAGUGCAUUUUCCAUUGAUUGCUCCAUUUCUAGAAAUUCAGACCUGAAUAACAUACUUGUACAUAAACCCUCCUUGUUUAACAUUAAAAUACUUUCAAUCACACAACUCCAUUUUGCCAAUUCCAUAACAUUUCCAAAAAUAUUAUAUUGUACACAAUCAAUAUAGAUGUAAAUGUAAUGAUUUGUUUUUAUUAUUAAAGAAAAAAACAUACCAAAUUGUCAUUUCAGUUGCCUGCGAAAUUAAAUGAGCUUGACCAAAAUGGAGACCUUGCUUUGGACCUGGCCCUUUCCCGAAAGCUGGAGAGCAUCGCAACUACUCUGGUAAACAGUAAAGCAGAUCUUGACAUGGUGGACAAUAAGGGUUGGAGUUUGUUGCACAAAGCCAUCCAAAGAGGUGAGGAUAGGGAUUUACAAUUACUUAUGAUAGUGGAGUCAAGAGGCAACUUAUCUAUCAGUGCUUGGAAUUGUCCUUUAAUUUGUUACCAUAAUUGCAGAUGAAACCCAUUAGGUAGUUCUAGAUCUAACCAUCCCAUGUAUUUGGUUUUAUAUUGUAUAAGAGCUUUGCCUAAUUUAAGAGUUUGCGUUUACGAACAUUAUUUAUUGUAGAAAAUAUCCCCGAUUUGUAACAAGAAAGGCUAUGGCUAUGAUAUAUAUGCUAUUGUAGAUAGUUGUUGGUGAUGGUUUGUGUAGAGAAUAUUUCUUGCAGUAAACCCUACCUUAGUGGUUACAAAUUUGGAUUGCAUUCCUACAUUUAGCGUUUUGGUUAUAUUUGUAUGUUAAAAAGAAACACCGUCUCCACUCUGGAGGAACAUUCUGUGCUUUGUUUUCUUUCCCAAGUUGUUACUUUCACACUGUGUGUGGCUUUGAUUAAGUCUGAUAUUAUACUUGGAACUCUGUAGACAACUAUGUUCAUAUUGCAUUUUGCUUAACCACUUGCUUGUAAGAGAUAUAUACCUAUAUUUGAGAAGAGUGCUAUGUUGAUCAUUUUAUACCCUAUUUCAUCCAUCUCCCUUUUUGUUUUGUCAGUGGCAAAUAAUAUUGCUUGCUUAUUCUUCCUUCUGGCAUGUUAAGUGAUUUUAGUAUCAACUAUCAAAGUAGUUUACUUUUUUUUUUAUACAUGCUAAUGUCAUGUUUCCUUGUGUUAUUCUAAAUAUUAGGCGCCUGUUUAUUCUUUUUAAUUUAAAAAAAAAAUUUUACGGGUCAGCAUUAUGUAAACAAUACAGCAUGUGAAGUAAGGAGCAGAGCAAAUUAUGAUUAAAAACAGAUGAGAUUACAAAACAUGGGUGUAGUCGACCCUAUUUUAACUUUUCAUGCUAUAUAUAAACCCCUAUUGCUGGACUAGGUGAGGCGUAACAAUAAAACAGAGGGUGCCAGUGAAGGCGGCGUGUGCCCAGGGUAAUAAGAGAUAAAUGCAGCACUAAAUACAUUGGUUUAAGGAACACACGUGUAAUAAGAGAAGGUCAAAAGCCUUCCUUGACCCAUAAAUGCCACCGAAUCUGGUGGUAGUAUAUGAGAAGUCUAAGGUUGUAUGCUGAACAUGCUGGUAGAUGUUAAUGGGUCUAACAAAAGGUUUUGCACAGUGAGUGGUGAGGAAGGGACAGGAGGAGGGGACCACAACGUAACUAUCCAUUCAUUUAAUAGCUUACGGAGCCAGUAUAGGUAUUGCAACAGUGUAUGAGAAAAAAAAAAAAGAUAGGAAGGCUGGGCCACACAAAUGUCUAAAUAAACAAUAUGAAAGUCCAGAAAAUGGAAGGUAGAAAAGUUCCAAUUAGAGUAGUAGAAUAUCUCACAUAUGGAAAAUGGCCUUCUUAGAGUAUGGUGUGGAGAAAUGAUUCUCUAAAUCCCAAGGGGUACGUUAUGGCUCCACUUUUCCCACGUGUUCACAACAAAUGGAGAACUAAAAAGAAAAAUCCAAUAAAAUGUUAAAAUAAUGAGCAAGGUAAAAACGGUGGUAAUCAACUCACAUUUAUUAGAGCUUGGCCAGCUCUAACGUAUCUCACGUACAUUGGUACAAUCCCCACUUAUAGGAAAUGGUGCGAGUGUCCUUGAUGUAAUAGGGAACCAGGGCUCAAAGAGAAAGAGAUGAAAAAAAAAAAAAAAGGCAUCAAUAGUGCUCUCAAUAAAAUACAUAGCAGUAAAGAGGUAAUAAAAAUAUACUUGGUAAUUGCAGUAAUUAAUCACAUGUACAAAGUACCUUUAUUAGUGUCUAUAUACAGCAAUAUACCUUUAAAACAAAUAUUUAAACAUUUUAUUAAAACAAGGGUUUUAUAAGUUAAUGGCAUAUAUUGCCGGAACACGUGACACGCACAAUUUGUGCGUCACGUUGAAUGGCCAUUAAGCGUUAUGAGGCUUGUGGUUCAUACAAGGCUUCGGCGUGCAUAAUUAACGCGUCGACGUUGGGGGGAAAAAGGGGAGUGAAAGUUAGCAUUCUUAGAAGUGUUGGUGGGUGUGACUUCCCCGCCGACGUAAGCAAGCUCUGCUUAUAUUGAGUGGUGACGGGGGGGGGGGGAGACAGUAACGUAACUAUCCAUUAAUUUAAUAGCUAACGGAGCCAGUAUAGGUAAUGCAACAGUAUAUGCAGCUUGAACAGUUAAAAAAAUAACUCCUUCAAGCAGGUAAUUCGACUGUCCCCCAUGAAAUGAGUGAUUCGUUCUACUGACCAGGGGGGUCGAACGGCCGAUAAGGCUGCUGCCGACAGGUCCAGUGAUUGCUCAAAAGCACUUCUCCACUCCGAAGGAACUUCCAGUAGUUGGGACAGGUGGUGAGACUUGCUAGCUUUGUCUGCCGUUAGGCGGUGUGGUCUUUUCUCUCAGUAAUUGCGUGACUUUUCCAGGUAUGCUGCAUAUCUGCAUAUUGUGUGCCUUGGCCUUGUCUUCCAUAUUAGCCAUUUGCGUUGUCAGAUCCGCACAGCUUGUUUGUAGUGCGCUUAUUGCAGCAUCAGUUGCCAUUUGCGCUAGCCUGGUGUCUCCCACAUCUUUUUCACUUGUCACAAAAUGGCUAGUAAGGGCAGAAACUUCCUUUCUAACCUUUGCCAUAUACUCCUGGAACAUGAUGUCUAGUAUAAAUGCCUUUAUGACACCCAUGGUAGAUGGUGCAGAGUCCCCUAUCUCUGGAGACACCCGUGCCACUGUGUGUAAUUUUAAGAAAGCUGGCGAUUCUGCAUAUAGGCUAUAGUCAUCCGACUUCUAUGAGUAAUAGACCUCAGCUUGGGAAGCUCAGGCCAUGUGGCCGUGCGCAGAAUGGCCCCUAUAUCUUGGGAGCCAGAGCCUGGGUCUGCUUGCUGCUUUCUAUUUUUCUUCCCCAUAGCAUAGGGCACGUGGGCUGCCACUUCAAACCCUGGUAAGGUGACUUGAGACGCUGGAUAAUCGAAGUUAGCAAAGUAAGAGCAUGGAGCUGACGAUUGUGCAUCUUGCUUGUUUAGGCACUGGCUCCGCCCCUGCGCAUGUUUAUUUUAUUUACAUGUAUUUGAUCCAAUAUUAUUUAUUUCAUCAGUAGCUUGAAAUAUGUGAAACUACAUAUUCACACUUAAGAAGAACCUGCUUUUGAUAUGACAUUAAGAAUACAAUAUCUGUGUCACUACUGAACACAAUAAAUGAAACUCAACUAAUAUUGAAUGUGACAUGUUUAAAUAGUUAUCUAUGCUUUUCUUUGACCAUAUUUGGUGAGGGUAUAUGACAUUUAAGAAUGCACUUUCAUUAGCCGUUUCAUAAGAGUUGUGAUGGGAGUAGCUAAUGUUACACAAACUGUGGAUCUGUGAUUGGUGAUUUUUUUUUGUGGUAAUCACAACUAAACCCUGUAUAGCUUCAUUAGAUAUCAGCUGUAAUUUUAAAUCAAUAUUCCAAAUGUUUUAAAUGUCUCUGUACAAUAUUUUAAAGUUCCUUGUUAAUGGCAUGUAUAUUUAGUUUUUGGAAUAUUUUGUCCUCUCCGUUUUAUAAAACGAUUAGGUUUUAUGUAUAACACUAAUCAAUUUUAUUACAUUUUUUUUUAAGAGGAUAAAUUUGCUGGCAACUUCCUUAUAAAAAAUGGAGCCCUUGUAAAUGCAGCUACAGUCGUAGACCAGAAGACUCCUCUACAUUUGGUGGCUUCUUGCUCAAUGAAGGACCACACCCUGGAAGAGAUGUCUGACAUCUCUCAAAUUGCUGAAGCACUGUUACAUACAGGGGCCAAUCCCAACAUGCAAGAUGGCAAAGGAAGGCAAGUAUUUCCUGAAAGAGAUGCUUGGUCCUCACAGGUCUUUGUUUUCACUGUUCUGUAUUUUAGUCAUUUCUGUACAUGUUUGAUCAUUGUUGGAAUUUAUCGCAUAGUAAUAUCAAAUUAGAAGUAGAGUAAAAAGGUUAAUGUCAAGCGUUUGGGUUACAUGGAGCCCCACCAGUGCAGUUGUACGUGUGUAGAUGGACCAUCCCGGAAAAGACACAAUUACGUGUAACAAUGAAUCCAACAGAAAUGAUGAACACAAUAACCGUAAAACUCUUUAUCUUCUAACAGGACGCCUCUGCACACCGCUAUCCUUGCCAGAAAUGAGUACGUUUUUAACCAGCUGCUUCAAUGCAAACAGUAAGUAAUAUGAUUCACUGCUUUACAAUUUGGGUUAGACAAUGGCAGAAUCUGUCUGGAGAUUAAAUGCUAUAAUGACAACACUCCUUUUCCUUGCCUUUCUAUUUAUUGAAUAAUUAUGAAACCUACAUCCAUAAAUUCUUACUACUUUCUGUAAAUAUUUAGGCAGUUGUUAUCCAGUGGGAUCUUCUCAUAAUAGUUGUGAUGAUUCUUCUGUCUAGUUUGCACUUUUUGUAUUCAUGCCCUUGAUGUGCCACAGUGUGUAACCCCUUAAGGGCACAUGCCAUGUGUGACAUGUCAUGAUUGCCUUUUAUUCCAGAAGUUUAGUUCUUAAGAGGUUAAAAACUGCUCUGACUUCUUAUGAAUAAAUAUUUUCCAUGGUGUAUAGUAAUUUAGUAUUAACUUUUCCUCAUUCCAUAGUUUGCAAUUGUACAGUUGACUACUUGUAUGCUAGAAGAUACAUCUAAUAUUACUAGUGUUCAAUUCCAAAUUAUUGUUGAACCUAUCCUAGAAUCUUCUGCAGUCCUUUGUACUUAAACAAACAUUCCAUCCCCUAGAUGUUUGCUGAACCAAAACUCCACCAUUCCUUGAUGUAGUCAGAGAAUUCUGGGAGUGAUAGGCCAUCAACAUCUGGUGGGGUGCAGUGUUUGAGAUCAUUGUUGUAGUACUAAUGUUCCCAGAGUUUAAUGUAAUAUAAAGGUCUGCAGCAAUUUGGUUAUAUUUUUUAAUAGGUUGGGUCAUCAAAAUGAUUUAAGGGCAGUGUUGAUCGAUGUAAUAGUAUGAUCUGAUAAUUCUCACUCCAUUUUACGUUAGGUUAGACUUGGAACUCAAGGACCAUGAAGGAAGCACGGCGCUUUGGCUUGCUGUUCAGUAUAUUACAAUGUCUUCGGAUCAAUCAGUAAAUCCAUUUGAUGAUGCCCCUGUAGUGAAUGGAACAUCAUUUGAUGAGAAUAGCUUUGCAGCAAGGCUUAUCAAACGAGGAAGCAACACAGAUGCACCUGACACAGUAACAGGUAAACACAAGAGGUUUGUAUUCUCUUUGGCAUCGGUUUAAUAGGUAGAUAUAACUUGCUGCUAAAAAUCUGUUGACUAUGUGCUUUCCCUGUAAUUGCUUUAGAUUGGUGUAAGUUCAAUUUCCAUGUCUUUGGCUUCUUCGUGUAUAGUACCUCUGCCAUUGCAAGAUUAGUCUAGUAGAAACAAUAUGACCGUUGACAGGAUGGGACAUGUGGGUGAUUAGCAUGUGAACCUGUAUCAACAGUGGCUUAGAAUUAUACUUGAGUAGAAAUAGGUAGAACCAUAGCUGUUCCAGUGCUUAAAGUACCUUUAGUAACAGCUAUGGUUCUAACUAUUUCUACUCAAGUAUAAUUCUAAGCCACUGCUUUCAAAGGCAGCAGACAAGAGAACUGCAAUUUUUGCAAGCUUUUUUUAGAUAUAUCCCCAAUGAAAAAAGGCAUAAUUAAAUGCUAAACAGUAAUUUUUUAUUUAUUUUGUAUUGGGCAGUGGAGUUCUCUUGUCUGCUGCCUUUGAAAGCCCCCCUCUUCUAACCCCGCCCAAACUUUCUGUGGCUGUCCAAUCACAGACUUCCCAAUGCAGCUCAAUGAGAAAUCUUUGCAAGGCAGGUGCUCUGAGCGGUUGCUUCCUCUUGAGUUCAGUGCAAAUAAGCUAACCAAACCAGGAAGUAACAGGACCUGUUCUCUGCUUGAAAAGCCAGCGGGGUGUAAUCAGUAUAAUUUAUAAAAGUGUCAAUUUCUAUUGAAAUCUGCACUAUUUCCCAAUUGAAAAAAGGACACUCUUCACACAUAAAGCUAUUCAGCAAGCUGACCUGCUUUAGGGGUCUGGAGUGUCCCUUUAAGCCAGUAGUUCCCACAUUAGUCUGCUUGCACGUACAACAGUAGCGCUUUUAUCUAUUCUCACUGUGACGACUUUAAAUCCUGUACUGUUGGUGGUUCUUGAAAACUGGUUAUGGAAUCACCACCUUAGAUCAUCUCGGAUUUACUGAUUCCUAAAACAAAAUAAAUUCAAUUUAUUAGAAUAUCUCAUAAGGAGUAAUAAAUUGUGGGGUGUCUUUUUUUGAUUUUUUUUUUGUUGUUGUUCUGAAUUUCUUAUAUUCUACAAUGAAAAAUGUUCAUGUACAAGCAUUGUUGCUGCAUUCAGCAGAGUAGAGCCAACUUCCUGCAAAAUGUAAAAUUCAAGAGAUCACUAGUGCCUGAUAUUUUUAUAUGUGAUGUAGACCAUUUUUCCCAGAACUGCACUCUUUUUCUGUGACCAGCGGUUGAAUCUCGGGAUAAGGAAAUAAGUCCCCUGUAACAGAUACAGGAGGACUGGUCCCAGAGUGAGCUAGCCUUUGCUUCAAGCACUAUCCGACUAGUGUUGCCAAGGAUCUUCCAGAAGGAGAGAGAGCUACUGCAGACGUUCCCCUACAAAUAUCAUCCAGACGUGAUAAAAUGGGGAAAAGCAAUGUACACUUUAUUUAGACUCAUUCAGGAGUUUUAUAAAUGUUUGUAUGUACAGUGAACAAAAGUCAACCAUAUCAGUAUGGUUUUAGAAUAGCAACCAAUCACACCAAGAAGUUUAAUUAAAUUACAACCUGUGUGAAUGGAGUGCUGUGUUUACAAGGAAGCUUGUGACAGACAACAACAAGGACUGUAGACCAGUGUUUGUCAAUCUUUUCCAGAAAAGUAACUCUGCAGGUCUAAAACAAAAUAUAUUCCCAAGUACCCCAUGCCUCAAGAACCUCUAUUGAUUUAAGUUCCAAACUAAAUGUGCAGACAUCAAUAUUUAAAUCCAUUCCAUUUGGAGAAAAAGCCUGAUUUAAAGGUAGUAAAGAAUAUGUAUAUAUUUUUUUAAAUGACAUAAUAUGAAUAUUGUUUGUUUAAGGAGGAGUGUAUGAGCUUUUAAUCUGAAGUAUAAAAGUCACAGAAUGAAAAUAUAAUACACAUGUAAUAGUUUCACUGAAACACACACACAGGACAGUGACACAAAUUUACACACACGACACUGACGCACACUGACUGACAGACACAUACACAUUCUCUCUCUCACACACUCACAAAUUAUUAUUUUUAUACAAGUCCACACAUCGUUCCUUCCUUUGGGAGAGCUGGAGUGGAUCCUUUCUCUGGGGUUUAGCACUGCUCCUACUGUGUUUUGACGCCAGGGCCAAAGUGACAUAUUAACCUGGAAUCACUGUAGGGUGUACGAGAGAGCAGUGCUAGAAGAACACAGACAUGAGCUCUCCCUUGCCUUCCUUCUUCAUCCCCUCCACAUUCAAGCAGAUUAGGCACCUGCUGUCCAUGUAAACUGGUGCCUACUCUGCCUUAGCUCACCGCCGGCCACCACCUGGGAGCUGUAAGGUAGCCAGCUUUCGGCGUACUCCUUGCUUGUUGUGCAGUUGAAAACCUGUGCUGUAGACCACAUGGGAGACUUAAAGGACCACUAUAGUGCCAGGAAAACAUUCUCGUGCCCCCACCCUCAGGGUCCCCCUCCCGCCCGGCUCUGGGGAGAGGAAAGGGGUUAAAUCUUACCUUUCUCCAGCGCCGGACGGGGAGCUCUCCUCCUCCUCUCCUCCCUUUCGGCUGAAUGCGCACGCGCGGAAAGAGCUGCAUGCGCAUUCAGCCGGUCUCAUAGGAAAGCAUUUACAAUGCUUUCCUAUGGACGCUUGCGUGUUCUCACUGUGAUUUUUCACAGUGAGAAUCACGCAAGCGCCUCUAGCGGCUGUCAAUGAGACAGCCACUAGAGGAUUUGAGGGCUGGAUUAACCCAUUUAUAAACAUAGCAGUUUCUCUACUUGUAAAAGGUGACAGAAAAUCAGGAUACAUAAUUAUUCCCAGGUGAAAACCCUGUCAUGUAAUUUAACAAAAUAGUACAAAAAAAUAAAUAAAAAAAACAAAGCUUUCAUGGGAACAUUUCUAAAAAGACAGAAGAAAAAGGUGAUAAAAGGAAAUAAAAAUUUGGGGAGUGUAAUAUCCAAUUAAGGCUGAUAUCUAGAAAUACACAAUAAGGGACAUAUUGACAUAGAGCACAAACAUAGACAGGUGGUGCUUCCUGUGGGCUUGUCAUCGUAGACCAGUUAGGUACGUGAUGUUAUCGAAUAGUUCCGUUCUUGGUCUUGCCAAUGUAUGCCAAACGACAGGGGCAUACAAAUUUAUACACCAGACAUUCAGUAGUACACAAGAUCCAGUGCUGAAUCUUGUACUCUCUCCCAGUGUGUGAUGGUGAAAUCUUUUAGUCUGAACCAUCUGAUUAAAAGUGGUGCAUCCCAAGCAUUUAAAGCAGCCAGUAUUCCUGGAGCCACUCUCAGACGCACACUGUGUAAAUUGGUCAGUAUGAACCAAAAUAUUAAGUAGGUUAGUACCUCUUCUAUAACUGAUUGGGGGGAUGGGGUUCUCAUUGUCGUGGGCAAUGACGUGUCACUCUAUAUAAGGUGCCAAUUAGUGCGAAUGGUUCUGGCAAAUUGAUAACAUUUAGAGUUAAAUAUUUGAGGGAAUACCACCCUGUUGGUUUCAUGAUGUUGUUUAACAUCAUUGUUCAUAUUCUUCAGUCUAGCUGAUCUGAGGGCUUCCUCAACCAGGUCAUAUCCCCUUUCAAAGAACUUUCAAAAUUUACUUUAAUCUGUACCUCCCUGGUCGUACAGUCAGAGUUGUUCCUUAUGACUCUUAAAACUUGAGAUACUGGCAAUGAUUGCUUAAGCAAUUUUGGAUGGCAACUGGAGGCAAGCAGCAGUGAGCUAUGGUCAGUUAGUUGCAUGAAUAAACUAUGCAUGACUUUUUCACCUGCAACCUUGACCUAAAGGUUUUCCUAGUGACUAUUGGGCUUCGUUAGAGAUGUAAUGGCUACAUGUGUCACCACACAGCAUCCCGUAAUGGUUAGCCAACCUUAAGAGCAUUUCUCUCAGAACAUAUUUCAUUGAAACCAAGUCGCUAUGGGACAUAUUGUCAUAACCACUACAGCCCGCUGGUGCCCUCUCAGAAUAAGUAUUUAAAAAUGGAAGUUGUCAAACUAUUCUUAAAUUGUUUGACUACUUACUUACAGAGGGCUCCAGUGCACUCCUAACACCAUAACCACUAGUGUGGUUGUAAUGGUCAUGGUGCUUGAAGUGUUUCUAUAAUGUACAUAAUGUCCUUAAAUAUUGUGUGUAGAAAAUAGAUUUUUGUAUGCUAUAUUGUUUUAUCGUUUGUAUGGAAAUGUUUUUUUAAUUAUGCUUAGAAUUACAUUCGGACAGGUUAUAGUGUGUAUUCAUAAUAUAAGAAUAAUAGUCUAUUAUUUUAUUUACACAAUUCAACCUUCACUGCUUUAGAACCACACAUCACAUCCUGUUUACAAAACAUCAUACACUCAGCCAGGUCCAUUCAUGGUGCAGACUGUUUCAUUUGUAUAUGUUCUGAGAUUCUCAUGUGUGUGUAUAUAUGUAAUGUUUCUUGCAGGUAAUUGCUUGUUACAGAGAGCUGCAGGUGCAGGGAGCGAGGCAGCCGCUUUAUUCUUGGCAACUCAUGGAGCAAAAGUCAAUCAUAAAAAUAAAUGGGUGAGUUUGAAGGAGGCUCAUCGGUGACUCAUGGUGUUCGAGCAUUGUACUCAUAUACAGCCACUCUACAGAUAAUGUUCCUAGGAUAUAUCCUAUUUACUUACUACAGAUUAUCUGUCUAAGUGAUACAGUAUUUUGAAAGCAGAGAAAACACUAAUGGAAAUAUAAAAACCACGGAAUGUGAUUUAUACGUUGGUUGCAGCCCAUAGGGCAGUGUUUUUAACCCAGAUAAUGCUUUUUGAUUAUAUUCUUUCAUGUAUAAUGAGUUGUCAUUCAUCAAAUUUAUUAGGGUUAUUGCAGCAACUCAAAAUGUGCUGCUUGAUAGCGGGUUUACCUGACCCUUUUAUUCAUUUAAUUUGCAUAUAAUGGGGAAACAAAUUAGUGGGUAGCCACAGCUCAGUUCAGAGCCAACUAAGGUGCGUUGCUUAACUGCAGAUUUGAUCAUUAAAGGGACACUAUGCACUCUAACAUCUCAUUGUAGUGUUUGAUGAAUUAUCCUCUAGUUUUAUGUCCAAUAAUUAAAAUAAAAAAAACAAAAGAAGCUGUUCCUGGCACACACAUUCUGAUACCUUGACUGUCUCUUGGAAAAUGUGGUUGGAUACAUUUGCACUUCUGCACUAUUAGUCCAAAGCCAAACAUAUUCUAGCACUUUCUGUCUGUCAUUGCCUUCCAAGGUUGGACUUAAGAUGUAGUGUAACCUCUGCUUUAUCCAAGUGACUGCAAAGUUGCUGGACUUUGAAUGCGAUGAAGAGUUCCUACAUUUAACCAGAAUAAAAAUAUGUCCUAACUUUUAUGUGAACCAAGGAAGCUAGUUAAAAGCUUUAGCCAGAUUUUCAGUUAUCCUUUAUGGCUUAGUUUGGAGAGACAAUAGUAGUUCCAUAGGCUUCUGGAAAAUGUAUUCUACUAAGAACGGUCCUAGAUCUAACAUCAGAGUUGUAGGAUUUGAGUGUAAAACCACAAAUUCAUGGAAAGUUUUAAAAAUUUUAAUUCUUCUAUGACAGACUGAAUACCACACACAAACUAUAAAACCAUUUUAAAUUGCAGAGCAGUUAUAAUAAAAAUAGUUUUUUUUCCUGCAGGAAGGUGGCUUUUCUAUUCCUGAUGUUCCAGCAGAUGUUGUUUAUUUAUUUUUAACUAGGGCCAGAGUGUUUGUUUAAUGGUUUUACUUGUCUGCAUGCUGUUCUUGCAUCCCCUUUACGAGUGUGGAAGUGUAAAGAACUGAGUACAUCAUGGUUCAAUAAUGAUGCAUGUCAUUGUUUUGUAUACUAGUACACCUUUUACUGAGAGUACUCUUUUUGUGUAUACCUACAGGGAGAAAGCCCAUUACAUACAGCAUGCCGGGAGGGGCUCUCCAACCUUACAGCAGAACUCUUACAGCAAGGGGCCAACCCAAACAUCCAGACCCAAGAGCCUGUACCAUCCCCAAAAGGUUCUGUGGCAAAUAACCCGUCAUCCAGUGUAUACUUGCAAACACCCCUGCACAUGGCAAUAGCUUACAGCCAUCCCGACGUGGUAUCCGUCAUAUUGGAGCAAAAAGGUAUUUGUCUUUGUUGGACCAUUAAUGUAUUAAUCCUCCAUAUAUAUGCAUACCAACAUUGCAAUAUGUCAGGAUAAUAUAAUGUGUAAAUCUGUAGUAGCUAACAAUCUUUAAUACUUGAGAAUUGUGCUUUGCCUCAUAGGUGCAGUUAUGUCAGUGAGUUGCUGUCAGUGGCUGGAUUAUUUUUAGAAUUAAAUCAAAGAUGUUUGCUUGAUCUAGCCCCCACUAUUUGUUUAAUAGCAGUGAUUUACUCCAAUUGUUUUAAUUAUUUAUAUAUCGUGGGGUAUGUUUUAGGAAAGUCUCUGUUGCAGGUUAUUUCAAAUGUUUAAUAUUGUAUGUAUUCGAUUUUUAAUUUUGAGGGUGAAAAAGAAAAACAGGAUGGGUACCCUACAGAACUUAAUGCCACAUAAGAUUCAUGCAUUAAUUUCAGGGGAAUAAUAUAACAUACUCUCUAAAGAACAAAGUUGAUAUUUAAUUAUUAUUUUAUUUUUAUUUAUUUUUAACAUCCCCUCAAUGGGCAACCUUUGAAGUUUUAAGUUUUUAUUCCUGCUGCUGGCACAGUUAAUAUAUUAAUUUGUUCCUUUUUCUUUCCCUUUCCAUUCCCUUCCUCUCAAAACAUGACCUUCACCCAAUUAAAAACGUUCUGUCUGUAUUGAGGUCCUUUUCACCUUUCUACAGGGAGACUGGGUGUAUCCCUGCCGGUCCAGCAGGGAGGUUUUGUAUCCAUAAUGGUCCAGCUGGGUUUUCUGGAUCAGUGCAGAGCUAGCUUAUUGGCUGAGCGCUUCUAGCUCACUGUCAAAAGUAGUUAAGGGAAGGAGUGGUGCAAAUAAGAAGCCAAAUUGUUCUAAAUGUUUUGUCUACUUAUAAUGGGAGAUGCGAAGGGAACUCCUGGCACCAUAGUCCCUAUGAACCACUACAGUGCGUUAUAGUGGUUGUGACGGACCGGGUACCUCAGUCAAUCGCUGCUCCCUAGUACUAACGAGUACCAUAAGCACUGCGUUGGAACACCAUAACUACUGCAUACACAACGAACCGUCGCAGCUUGGAUGGGAUCUCGCCAUCUCCUACCCACCCUGGACCUAUGACCAGGAUCCAGCUUCCGGUGGGUAGACCUCUCUUAGUCCAGAGAGCAUAGCAGGAACAAGCUCUUACAAGAGCUUAGUGAUUAUACUUAGGGGAGUAAAGGGAUUUUUGCAAUCCUCCAGAGUGUAGUUCUCCAAUCCCCCAAACAUGAACCAAAACUUCAUGAAGGUGCAAGAUGAUCUGAUCUUUAAUGGUUCAGGUUGGCUUUUAUUCAAUUCUCGAGGCCAGAGGAACACCCCCUGGACCUGAUAGGGCACAGGAACACAAGCCAAUCAGAACAAAUAUAAAGUCUGUAACACGCCCAUGUACAGCACACAAUUUCUCCCCUCUGCUUGGGAGAAAAUUGAGUAAAGUCUUGUAAGUAACUCAAUUAUCUCCAGGCAGAAAAACUAAAUUUUUACAAAGUUCAGAAAGUACCCCAAAACAUAACAUCCCCUGAUAGCCCUGAUCUGGGUGAACAGCAUAUCCAAAAAUUACACAGAUCAGAGCAGGGGUUCAAAAGUUUCAUUGGAGUGUCUUUUUGACCGGCCGCAAGCAUGGCUUCAUGCCCAAAACAGUUCCAGGGAAUUAGGGCCAGCGGUCGGUCUCUCUUUAUGGAGUACAAAAGUACUUACAUUACAUGCAUGGUGCCUUUUAACCCCUUAAGGACCAAACGUCUGGAAUAAAAGGGAAUCAUGAUAUGUCAUGUGUCCUUAAGGGGUUAAAGUGGGCAAGGUAUAUUGCAGGGCCCAUAGUCACAGGGUAGGAGGCAAGCAAACAGGCCCCUCCAAAAACCAGUGGCGAGGUCACUUUCACCACAGUGGUUAAGGUGUUUGUAGUGUUUCUUUAAUAUGUCUUUAGAUUGUUUAUGAAUACAAAAAUAUAUAUCUGUAAGUAACACUGUAUAGUGGAUGAAAAUGACACCUUACUAAAAUUAUUUCUCAAAACAAUUUAACUUCACAUAGUUAUUUACACAUAGACUAUUAUUUACCCAGCAACCCUAAAAAAUGGUUCAGUACUCCAAAUAAAAAUCUAUUGAUAAACAAUAUAGCUGGAGCUGUGUAAAAGUCAUCUAAUAAAUUAUUUUAUUAUUGUAUUCCCAUGCAGCCAAUGCUCUUCAUGCAACAAAUAAUCUUCAGAUUAUCCCUGACUUCAGCUUGAAGGACUCAAGAGAACAAACUGUGCUGGGCCUGGCGUUAUGGACAGGUAUGUAUCUAGAAAAAUCUCUCAUUACUGCUCUAAAUGUGUUUCAAUUUAUGCCAAAAGUAAGUGGGCCUGUGUAUAUGUGGCCACUUAAUUUGUUACUCUUGCUUUUUAAUUCAGAUAUUUAAACCAUGAACCAUGUGACUACAUCUCCCCAAAUAAAGCACCUAAAACUGGUGUACUCAAAAUGUAGAUCUGCAGAAGUUGUGGAAAUACAACUCCCAUGAAGCUUUGCCUUUAGUUACAACACAUCAUCACGUCAAGUUUAAACGUCAUGAGAUUUUCAUGUAUUAGUGUCUGAUUGCACACAAGUAGUUUCAGACCAGAUUUUCUGAACCCUAUAUAGAAAUGGGUGCAGUUCUGGGUAGGUUAGUUCCCCUGCUAAGCAAAUAGUAAAACAACACUGUUUAAACCACAACAGCACACCAAGUAAUGCAAAAAAAAUAUCAUACUUUAUUUUCAAAUAAGUCUUCAAAUACAUUUAUUUUUAAAAAGCAAAUACAGUAACACACCAAUUUUCAAGUAACAUUAAAUAAAUUCUAUAGUUUUUUGGUACUCUUUUAAACCACUGGAUAUUGUUACAGUAAUGGCAAUAUGUUUCUGACAGUAAGGAAAAAAUAUGGCAUAUCUUAAUCUUCACUAUUUGUGAGUUUUUUUGUUUGUUUUUUAAUUUUACUUAAAACACUUCUAAUUUCUAUGAUGUUUUGUAUUUGUGCAUUAGUAUAAUUACUUUAUAAUGUCACAGCAAUAAAUGUGAUUUUAAUCUACUAAUUUGUGGUUAUAUUCUUCAGGUAUGCACACCAUUGCUGCACAACUGUUGGGGUCUGGGGCCUCUAUAAAUGACACAAUGUCAGACGGGCAGACGUUGUUACAUAUGGCAAUACAGAGACAGGAUAGCAAGAGUGCCCUUUUCCUGCUGGAGCACCAAGCUGACAUUAACGUCAGGUAUUGAGUAAUAAAAUAUAGCAGACAACAAAAUUUGUCAAAUAAAUUGCUAGUGAACUCUCUAAUGCAAUAUUAUUUACCUGUUUAUAUAUGUAUAAUAGAAGCAAUCAAUUUGAAUAUAUUAUCCUUGACCAACAUUGGUAUUGUCCAUAAACAUGAAUUAGACUUGAUAAUUUGAGAUUCUCUCAAGAUUUUGUUUUUAAUCAGCCAAACACAAGCCACCUUCAGGCAGAACUUCUUCAAUAUGAUUACUGUGUAAUAAUAGGACUUUUUUUUCCUCGUUAUCGCAUAUAAACAAUAUUGGAGUAUAAAUGUGUGAUUUCUACCUGUAUGUAACAUCUGGAGUUGAUGGUUUAUUUGUUUUUUCAUUUACAUAUCUGGACUUAGUAAUAUAAAUACAAUUUUAAAAAGCAAAUUUUGUUUAUUAUUUACUGAGUAACCUACAUUUUAUUUGAAGCAUAAUACUUCUGUACACUCUGCAUUUUAUUUUCCCAAUGGGCUAAGGGGAGUAAGUGAAAGGUGGGGGGAAUAUACAAGCUUACUCUGCCUGCAAGGGUUGAAGCUCAUUAUGUCUGCUGCCAGCUCGUUAUGCACGCUGACUGCAGAUUUAAUGUUUGCACAGAAUUGAUAUUCGGAAAGGAAUUCCAGGCUGUCAUGUAUGGUUGAACUAGCCGCCAGCACAAAAGUGAAUAUAUCAAUGUGAUUGAAUUGCACAAUGCACUUAGGUGACGCCUGAUGGAAACAGGGGAGGGCUGGCAUCCUCAGGCCUGUGCUCUGACUCACUAACUGAGCACUGGAACCACGAGGGAGAGGAUAUGAUCACCAGUGGACCACAAGGGAAUAGUUUAAAUUGAAUAUGCUGGUGUCCCCAACUUGCGAGCUGUGUUGGCCACCACAGCUUGCACACCUCAAAGGCUGGCCCUGCUGGCAGACACACUGGCACUCACUGUGAAUAACACACACACAAACCCUGACAGACACACACAAACCCUGACAGACACACACACACACACAGGCAGAUACACACUCCAUGACACACUUAUUAAUAGACACAUAAACUUAUACACACACUUACUGACAGACACACACUUACUGACAGACACCAGUGCCAUUUUAACAAAAUUAUGACCCCCCGGGCAAAGCAGUGCAGUGGGGCUCUGCCUACACAACUCACAGGAAUAAAAAUUUAAAUUAUACAUACAAUAAAGCUUAUAUUUAUUAGUACCUCCAACAAAUGCAAUACAUACAUACAAUACAUCUCACAGACUACUGUAUAUAUACACACACAGACUGCUGAAUACACAUAUACUGCAGUGAAGGGUGCAGUGAGUGGGAUGGUGUGUGUGUGUGUGUGUUGCAGAGUUUGAGGGGUGCAGGUAGCAAAUUUUGUUUGUUUUUUUGUUUUAAAUACUACUAUACAUUAAAUAAAAUAUCUAUGUGUCCCCCACCCUUCUUCUUACCUUUGGUGAAAUGGGGGGGCACAGCCAGCCCUGGUGGUCCAGUUGUGAGUUCUGUUUUGUUUUUUUAUUGGAAUAACCCUUUAAUGUCAAUAGAAGAAGUAUGGGGUAAAAUGUACAAAGUAAAUAGCAAAAUAAGCAAAUUACUCUUGUUGUUUUAGAACCCGGGAAGGAGAAACGGCAUUGCAGUUGGCAAUUAAAAACCAGCUCCCUCUUGUGGUGGAUGCUGUUUGCACACGUGGGGCUGACAUGUCUGUUACUGAUGAUCAAGGGAAUCCUCCUCUCUGGCUUGCACUGGAAAAUGAACUGGAAGAUAUUGCAUCAACUUUGGUAUGUUUGCAUAUCUGCCUGAGUCCAAAAAUAUGACAUACCAUAUUAGCACCUGUCUUGCAACAGCUUGAUGGUACAGUAAGCAAGGUUUAUGUUGCAUCACGUUUUUCUCCACGCACAUUGGCAGUGCUCACAAAUAGGUUAUUUUUCCCCUCUGUUAGGUAGAUCACAUAGCUCACUAUAGAAAUUAUGUUUUUCUUCCCUCUGUUAGGUAGAUCACUAAAGAUGUUUAGCACAAUGUGCCAAUUAUUGUUUUAUACGAAGACUCCUUAAAAUACACCCACACACCAUUCCAACAUCCACAGUAUCCUUCCUCUCAAGGACUGGCAGACUCUGUACUUUGUAAUUUUCCUUUGGAAUGCAUGGGUUGUUUCCCGUUGUAUCACAAUGAUAUCUUUUUUUCUUUGUGGCCUGGUUAUAUUCUAUGUCGGCUUGGUUGGUAUGCACAAAGGGAAUUUUUCUGUUUUUUUUUUUUUUUUCUAGAAGAUGCCAAACCAGGUGUAGACAUAGUAUUCCUGGUUCAUUCUAUCAAGUGAAAGGACUUAGAUACUUGUGUGAAAUAAGCUGGUGAUCCAAAUUUUGUUUUUUUGGUUUUUUUAAAGAGUAAAAUAGCAACUUCUUGGUAGGUACAUAAACUGAGAAAAUAUAUAUAUAUUUUUUUUAACCAUUAAGAGCGCAAAAAAAAGCAAUAAAUACAGGAAUAUUAUAGCCUCCUUUAUAAAUUACUCUCAAGCAGAUAUAGAAAAAGUCCACAUGUUAAAGUAUAUCAAAUAUAUGCAACAGUUCACUUAGCUUAUAAAGAAUUAAUAUAAAGCAGGACUCCUUCAAUGAAAUGAUGAAAGGUGAGAACUAAAUAUAAUUGAACCCACUGGUGCAGUUGGCAAUGUAUCCCACCAUCAAAGUAACACAAUAGCAUCUUAAAGGGAAAUAACAACUCUGUGCAUAGUGUAAUACUGUAAUAUACUGUAAUACAAAUAAAACACUUAUUUACAUAAGUUGUGGCCCUUAAUUAUAACCAAAAAAUAUAUCAAACACUAACCUAUUAUACACAGAAGUUGUAUCCAUAAACUACAUAGAAGUAUAAAUGAGUGAAAAUCAAAAUAACAAAUGAAUUUAGGUAAUAUACAAAUCUAAAUAUUCCCUAGAUAUUUCUCUGACAAAUGUAUAAACCCAGUUACAAUCCCCUGUUCAAACAGCAUUUUAAUAAUUCCUUUUUUUGAUGAUAGUAUAUAUUCCAGUAAUGUGCACACCUGUUGUAUAUAGGACAUAAAAAGCUUAGAGGGAAUUUCUUUACCCCUAUUAUUAGCAGCAGGACUGGUUUUAACCCCUAUUCCCUUUUGAAAAUGGUGGUGUCCUGGUCCUUAAUUCAUACUAGCGAUAUUUGGAGAAAUCCCUAAUAUUAUGCCAAGGGAAAGAUGAGAGGUGGGGCUAGGCUUUGAUAUUCAUAUGUGUUUAGUGGUCUUCCUACCUAACAUAUGAAAAAAUCCAUUCAUGAGUACUACUAUACUGAUGCUAGAGAAAAAUACUUUUAUGAAAAGUAAAAUUAUUUUUCUUUUCCUCAGGCGUCUGGUAAGAAAGUGAGGAUUGCAUGCAUGUAUAGUUUGGCAAGGUAAAAACAAUUAGUGCUAUCUACUGCAAUGUAGUGUGGAGGCUAGAUUAGAAGAGACUGUUAUCUGCCAAAUUGUCUUGGCAUUUGGCUGUUAACUCCACAUUUUGUGUUGACCCAUUAUGGAAAUGUCACCAUUAUGUCAUGGGAAAAUGAAGACCGCUGCCGAAUGGGGACAAUACCUAAUGUACUGAUGAGAGUUCUAGAAGGAAAUAGCAGACAGUAGUUGAUAUUCUCAGGGUACAUGGGUCAUAAUUUACAGACUUAAUAUUACAACUUGGGUGUGCAGCUUUAGAUCACUAGUUUUGGAGGACACUUGUCUAUGUAAGCAAAUGUUCCAUAUUGUACAAUUUUAUUCCUUUAGGUGAGACAUGGGUGUGAUGCCACAUUUUGGGGAACAGGACCAAGCGGAUGUCUACAGACCCUUCUUCAUCGAGCUAUUGAUGAAAACAAAGAACAGACCGCAUGUUUUCUUAUUCGCAGGUUAGGCAAUAAAAUAGUUUCCUUCUUGUUUGACAUUUCUAAAGAUUACAAUAUAACCCUACAAUGAAAUAAUGUGCAUAAGAUUAGUUAUGUCUUGCUUUAAUAUGCCACAGGUAAACUGAUUAACCAAAUUUAAAUUCUUACUUAUAAAUUUUCCCACUGUAAAUCGUUGUCAUUUGAUUGUAAAUUAAUCAUAAAGUCUGACACAUGAAUAAGUACACAAUUAAUUAUAUUAUUAAAGCAAUGCACCAAAAAUUUUUUUUGGAAAUCUAUUGUUAAGAAAUCCUAAUUAGUUCCUCAUACUCUAUGGAAGUUCCAGUGUUACAUCGACCUGUUUUUUUAAAAAUGUGUUCAGUUGUUUGUUUUGGGGAGUUGCAGGUAUUUUAAAUUUUAUGUUUUAGGAGUGUGACAAUGACCAUUGCCACUAGAUCCCUGAAGCCUUGAACAUUAGCUAUUAGUGUUGGCUUAUGACACUUAUUACACUGCUGUCCAAAUUGGCCAGAAUUAACAUUGAUAAUGCAGAAGUAUAAACUCUGCGUUAUCAAUGCAACUCAGGACAAGACAGGUUUUGUAUUUUUUUUUUUUUUUUAGGAAACCUCCCCCCAACCCAAACACCUUAGUGUUAUAGUGCGUAGAGUCCCCCUGUAAGAGUCAUUUUAUUGAAUUAAUAGAAUCAAAUUUAAUACCUAAAAUUAGAGUUUUGGGUUCUUGUUUUGUAAUCUGGACAAAGUGGCAAUAUCAGAGGAACUGACCGGAACACAUGGGGUUAAAGUCGUAGUGAAGAAAAAUGAAAUGAAGUGGGGGGGAGGGGGCGGAGGGGAAGUAUUAAAUCACAUGUAACCAAUUUAAAAAGUAAUAUUUUUUUCCAUGGGCCUGGCUAGUAUAUAAUGGUAUAUAAUGAUUGAUGUGAAAUUGUCGUUUCGUAAGUGGAUGCAUGAAAUGUUGGGUUUGGAUCAAAUGGCCAGACGUAAAACAGCCGCAACAACGAUAGCAGCCUGUUUUUAUGGAUCUGUUAACACCACCAAAUCGUACAUGCUUUUUCCUCUUGAGAAACUAGUAAUUGGGGGACACUUAAAGAUGUCUGACAAAGUUCUAUCCGUAGCUUUCCGGUUUGAUUUAUUACUUUGAACUGCAGACUUUAACUCUGUAGUAUAGCGUAUAUUGCAAACAAGUUGAGAUUAUUGAUUAAUAUUUUAACUAAUAUUAGUCAUUGCCUGACUCUCAAUACAUACUUUCAUUUUAGCUUUCUCUCUUUGUGCAGUUAGUGAGGCGAAAGCGCGUGAGUGUGUGUAUUUUUUAACAUUAUUAUCUCUAUUUCAGUGGGUGUGAUGUGAACAGUGCUAGAAAACCAGGACCUAAUGGAGAAGGAGAAGAGGAGGCCCGGGAUGGACAGACACCCCUGCAUCUGGCUUCUUCUUGGGGUUUGGAAGAGGUGGUACAGUGCCUUUUGGAAUUUGGUGCCAAUGUGAAUACCCAGGUAUGUUCAUUAUUGUGUCAUUUACUGAUUUACGGUGCAGCAUAUUUAUUUUAUAGUUUAGAUAGGUAACAUUUGGCAUCUAAGCUUUUGUGGACAGGGACAGGGACAGGUGCGUUGCAUGUUGUGUGUUUUUGUUAAGUGCUUCUACCCUUUGUAUUUCCGUCACUAGUUCUGUCAGGCAACUGUCGGUCUGCUUUUUAAGGGUGGUGCCCUGGUGGAUGAAGUGGCCGCGAAUCACGCUUUUGUGGGCCUCCCAUCUAAUGGUCGUCGAGGUCUGUUCGGCAGUGUUCGUCUCAAAGUAAUCUUUGAGCGCUUACUUUAUAUCGGUUGUUAAGUCGGGUCUGGUUAGGAGAUAUUCAUUUAGUCUCCAUUUGUUGAACCGGGGUUUGUAUAGGGGGGACGAGAGUGUCAGGAGUACCGGCACGUGGUCUGACCAUGUCGCCACACCGUGCUCUGCAUCGCGUGUUAUUGGUAGAUGAUAGUGUUGUGUGAGUGUGAGAAAGUAUAGUCCUUCUCAUCCGGGUGGUAGGCCCUCCAGCAGUCGAUCAGUUUGUGGCGAGUCAGAAGGGUUUUGAUUGAGUUCAGGUUUUGUGUCUGGACCCACGAGUGUCCGGAGGAGGUGUCCCACUGUGGAUUGAGUGCUAUGUUAAGGUCUCCCCCCACAAUGAGGAUUCCCUCCGUGAAGGGCUGUAGUUUCUUAAGUGUGUGUGCCAGGAAUCUGUAUUGUCGGUUGUUCGGGGCGUAGAUGUUAGCGAAUGUAUAGACCUGUCCUGCAAUUGUGCCUUUGAGGAAAAGGAAUCUACCCUCCCUGUCCGUCAUCUGUCCAGUUUCUACAAAGGGUAUCUUUUUGUUAACUAGGAUGGUAGUCGCUAUAAUAUCCCGUCGGGUAGUGAUGGUUAGUAAUUUUGGGCCUUAAAGUGUGUCUCUUGGAUUAAGACUAUCGAGGCUCGUUUGGCGUGGAAGUCUCUCAGCGCUCCUGAGGUUUGUUGAGGCCUCUGGCGUUUAUGGAGAGGACAGUGAGGCAGUCCAGCACUAAUGCCCUUUUGUCCAUGUGUGGGGGUGGCCGUGGCAUUCAUUCUACAAGUCUCGGUCUGGUUUGGGGUUCGUAGGGUGUAUGGGUCUGUUGGUUGUAGGUCGGGUGGGGGUUAUAGGGUGGGGGGUGUUGGGGGUUAUGGGAUGUGUGUGUGUGUGUGUGUGUGUAUGUGUUCUCGUCACUAUAAAGUGACGGUGAGGUUUCAGCGACGGGGAGCGAUUAAGCCCGCGGCCACCUGUGGUCCACGGUUUCUACUCACCUUUCUUAGGUCGCUGUGCCCUAUAGGGCUGUAGAAGGAAGCCAAGGGACUCCGGGUGGUACCAGUCCUCCCCGUGUCGGUGGUUGGUGUGUACCUUUGUUAGGUGUGUACCUUUGUUAAGUGUCUCGGUCCGUCAGGUCCGUGUAGGUCCCCUGUCGGCUCUGUCUGUUGGGUUCGGGUCAUUAUUAAGAUCCUCAUCAGUGGAGCUCAUAAUUGUUGGGCUCCGGGUCGUAGGUCACAUUGCCGUCUCAGGUGCCUGUCGUGUGCAAAUGCAUAGAAAUUUUUUAUAACAGAACAGUUAAGCAAUUAAACAAAUCCUUCCAAACAUUAAGCUGCAAUCCGGCUAGUAGGGAGGGGGAGGUGCAGCAGCCCCACUGGUAAAAGCUUGUUCCUGUAUAGUAUCAAUACACUUAAGUGCAUCAUAGUAGUGUCUAGCUGGGCAGUUGGCUACCACUGCUGUCUGCCUGUGAUAUCUUCCCCUUUUGUUAUUUAUUUUGAGUCUGCUUGCGUGCCUCUUUUGUGUGUGUGUGUCCAAUUCCUCCCCCCUCUGAUUAUGGUAGCCAGGUGGACCCCCUCCCGUUCUCACCCUCCCCCCUUCUCUUCGCCUGUUGUGGUGUAUGUUAGUGGUCCUGAUCCCCAAAAUUCCAUAAGGGGGCUGGUACCCCUAUUGGAGAGAGAGUCCCGAUUGAUGGUACUUGCGGUUAUGUGCUACAGCUGCUAACAUUAGUCUCUUAUGCUGCCGGGUGGCUUGUUGUCGGGUCCCUAUGCCUCUGUGCGGCUGUGGCGGGAGCCCCUGGUCCAACGGAGGUGCCAUGUAGAAGGUAAGAGGUCCGGCCAUGUCUUGUUGAUGGGUGGGAGUUGUAGUUCUGUUACGAGAUCGCUCAGGUCCUCCGGGUGUCGGACUGUGAAAAGGUCCUUUUGUUGUGAUGGCCUGGAGCCGGGUCUGGAAGGUCCACCGAUACCUGAUUUUUGUUGGUUUGGAGGAUUCUCGUGAGGGGCCUCAUUGCCCGUUGGUAUGCCAGGGUAGCUGGUGAGAGAUCAGGAUACAGUUGUAUUUCCACUCCAUUCAGCGUUACCCUUUCUGUGCCUCGUGCUUUCUGAAGGAUCUCUUCCUUUAGUCGGAAACUAGCCAGGCAACAGACAGUGUCCCUUGGGGGAGCCUCCGGUGGACCCCUUGGUCUCAGUGCACGGUGUGCUCUGACAAACUCGAUGUCGGUGGCCGUUGGGCGGCCCAGGAUCUUGUUGAACAUUUCUCUGAGGGUAUCUGUUAUCGGUGUGGGUUGAUCUAGGUCUUCUGGGAUGCCGCGCACCCUGAUGUUUUUGCGCCUGCCUCGGUUGUCCAGGUCCUCCAUGUGUAGGGCCAUUUGUCUCAUUUGUGUUGUGUGGUGGUAGAUUGCGUCGGUGUUUGCAGGCUGGGCGGAGGACAAGUGGUCACAGUCUGCUUCCAGUUGAAAUACUUUGGUAUGUAGGCCCUGUAUGUCUUCCCGAAGGGAAUGUAGUUCCGCUGUGAUGGAAGCCCGUAGCCCGUAGCUCCGAGUUAGUCUCCUUCAGGUCUUGCCUGGUUGGGAGUUCCCGGAUCAACUGUACCCAGUCUGGUUGGGGGUCCGGGGAGGUCUGGGCCAUGCAUCGCUUGGCGGCCGCCUCGUGGCGACGCUGGGUGGGAAAUGUCAGCAAUCUCCGAGGUGGUGGAGGCCCGCGCGGCCGUGUCUGUGGGAGUCACUAGGAAUUGCUGUGCACUUCGGCAUGUCAGUUGGCUUGGUUAUAUGCGAUGCCGGUGGGUUUUGCCCAUGUUUGCCUGUUUUUUAGGUGCCGUGAUGAGGAUUUUAGCUGAGCCUGUUGGGGAGCUCCGGGUUUACGCCGCCAUCUUCCUUGGCCUCCAAGCCACGCCCCCCACGGCAUGUUUAUCCACAAAAUAGUAUCAAAUUUAGCUAUAUUUCAUUAGUAAAGUCCUCUUCAGCCACACUAUGUAAAAACUGCAUUUAGAAAAACACUGUUUUUUUUGUUUGUUUGUUUUUUGUGUGUCUGUAUGUUUAGCUAGAUAAACGUAACAUGUAUGCAAUAUGUCUUGUCUGAUCACCAUAGGAUGCUGAGGGAAGAACGCCACUCCACAUUGCCAUCAUUAACCAGCACAGCGUGAUUAUUCAACUAAUGAUUUCUCAUCCUGACAUCAAACUGAAUGUACGUGACAGGCAAGGCAUGACCCCCUUCGCAUGUGCCAUGACAUUUAAAAAUAACAAAGCUGCAGAAUCAAUCCUGAAACGAGAACCUGGAGCAGCUGAGCAGGUAUGGACUUUUCCAAAGCGUGCCAUUUAAAAGAAAUAAAAUAAUUACAUAUCAUCCUCUUCCUAGAUGGUGGCAAUUAUUGAAGAAUUUUAUCUCAAUAUUUAUUUGUGUAUUGAUUCUGCCCAAAGAAGGUAGAUGUUUUUCUAAGAAUUCAUUAGAAAAUGCAAAAAAAAGCUUGUAGAAUAUAAAACAAAGCUUUCCUAAUUUACAUAUCGCUUACAAGCAGGUACCUAGUGCAUCCCUUUAAUUACAGUGUCCAUAUAUAUACCAUCUUCUACCUGCACCAACUUGGAGAACUAUACUAAUUUGUAAAACUUGUUUGUUUUUUUAUAAUGAGGCAUCUUGCAUGUUUAACUUGUGUUUAAUAGUGAUUGCUCCCCCCUCCCCAUUAUUUAGGUGGAUAAUAAGGGGAGGAACUUCCUACACGUAGCUGUUCAGAAUUCCGACAUUGAGAGUGUGCUGUUCCUGAUCAGUGUACAGGCUAAUGUAAACUCCAGAGUCCAAGAUGCCUCGAAGUUAACCCCUUUACACUUGGCUGUACAGGCAGGAUCAGAGAUUAUUGUGCGCAACCUGGUAUGUAUAGCUUGCUUUCAUUUCACAUGCAGAAAUUCACUUAAUAUAUUAACUUUGUCAAAAGAAAAGCGUUUAUAGACCACACUAGAUUCAACGAGGAUGCCAGACAAUCAUUUGUGCAAAACAAUAGUGAAUAUAAGACUAUUUGCAACACAUAACAUAUGGACUUUUUUUCUUCUUCCAAUGCAUGGAUAUUCUCAUAAAGGGAAACCAAGAGCAAUAUUAUAGUGCUACAAAUCUAUUUAUUCAAAACAAAGGGGAAAGAAUAAAAACACACCCACACAGUGUAAAGCAUAAAUACAAAGAAAUGUGCAAAUAGGCUUUGCCACUAGCGCUCAAUCCCACUGCUUAUUAACUUUGUCAUCUUGUUUCACACAUUCAUUUAACAUGUUCAUUAAUGUUGUUGUAAGUAAAUACAGUUUUCUCAAGGGAUGAUCUGUUCUGCCAGCUUCUUGCAGGUGCUAAGGUGAAUGAAUUAACAAAACAUCGACAGACUGCCCUUCACUUGGCCGCCCAACAGGACAUGCCCACCAUAUGUUCAGUCUUAUUGGAGAAUGGAGUAGAUUUUGGGGCUGCAGAUGAGAAUGGAAAUAAUGGUAAGCUUUGUUGGGGCAGUCAUUGCAGGUGUUUAAUGAAAAGAUGACAUAUAUAUCUGGUAGCUGCACCUACUUUUCCUACUCUUCUACAUAUUUAGAACAAAACAGCAGUAGGUAUAUCCAAACUUGUCCAGAAGGUUGUUUUUUUUUUCCUAUUUAGAUGAAUUUAUAUAUUUUACUAUACACCUGUCAUUUAGCUAGCACAAUUUGUAGAUUGAAACAAAAAAAGAAAAAUAUGUUUUAGUCCCUUUAAAGUAGCAUCAUUGUCACUGUAAGGAGUGGGGAUAAUUAGUGGAUCACCAGAGAAUGUCAUAGCACAUAGAAACAUAGAAUGUGACAGCAGAUAAGAACCAUUCGGCCUAUCUAGUCUGCCCAAUUUUCUAUAUACUUUUUUUAGUCCCUGGCCUUAUCUUAUAGAUAGGACAGCCUUAUGCCUAUCCCAUGCAUGCUUAAACUCCCUCACUGUGUUAAUCUCUACCACUUCAGCUGGAAGGCUAUUCCAUGCAUCCACUACCGUCUCAGUAAAGUAAUACUUCCUGAUAUUUUUAAACCUUUCCCCAUCAGAUGAAAACUGAGUCAAGACACAGAAUAUUAUAUAUAUAUAUUUCAAGCAUCAGCAUAUUCCAUCAGCAUGGCUUUCUGUAAAUUAAACCUGUCAAAUUGUCUGACCACUUCUGAUUCUAAAACCGCUUUACAAUACUAGCAUUCUAAAUGUAUAAGUGUAGUGGAGAAAUGCAAAUUCUAUUUCAUGUCCUUUUCCAAUUCAGAUUUUGUGUGUGUGUGUGUGUGUGUGUGUGUGUCUCUGUCUGUCUCAAGAAAAAGCACAGAACACAAAGCCUGCAGUGGCUACUAGACCUGAAAGCAGACCACUGCAUGCUCCCAGAACAGAAACCGCUCAUCAUCAAUAAGUAGCAAACAAGGAAAGUUGAUCAGGACAUGAUAAAAAAAAUUAAAAACAGCUCUGGAUGAACACCUAUCCGCUCAAAUAACUAACUAGUAGCAAUAGGCUCCCACAAGAACUGGCUUAUACAAGGCACAACAAUAUUGGUCAUGAAGGGAAUCACACCAUCUCACCUGCUUCCUGACAUCAUAGCCUACAUGAUCAAAGGUCUUAUGAUUCAAUACAUGAGCAAUACUCAGAAGGGGAUGGAAACCACACCAGAAGCUCGAAACACCAUCAAGCAGUUAUACAAGAUUCAAAGAGCAGAUCCAGACUUAUCUGUUCACAGCCUCGAUUGACUACAAGAUUGUUCCACACACAUGGAUAAUGGAAUGCUUAGCUCUGUACAAGGUCAACUAGACACUAAGAACCAUCAAGAACUCAAUAGGCAACUGAAGAACAUCACUGGAAGCCAAUUCCAGGACAGUUAUGCAAAUAAAUAUCAAAAGUGGCAUAUUUGAAGCUGAUAUGCUAUCCCUGAUGCUGUUCUGCAUAGGCCUCAGUGGAUACCGAUACAAGUGCAACAAUGGAGCUACCAUCAUCCACCUACUCUACAUGAACAACAUCAAGCUGUAUGCCAAGAGUGAGUGGGGAUUAUAGACUCACUGAUCCCCCUAACUAGUACAGCAAAGGCAUUGGUAUGUUGUUUGCACUAGAAGAAUUUUAAUAAGUGAUAGCAAAAAGAGAGAAGAUGCCACCCCUGGGAGGAUCGCCUGCACUACUGGGCACGGGGGGAGAGACCACAGAGUCCGCAGGGAAAUCAAGUGAGCCACCUAGCAUGGCGGACGCCACGUGGCACCACGACCCUGUCAAUGGACAAAGCGACCUAACGACCAGACUCAAAAGAAUCUUUGACAAAUUCUGGCGGGCCCUGGAGCAGAGAAGGCAUCACACCACCUCUGAGCAGCUGAUAGCACCCUCACCAUCACAGUAGGUUGUGCACCCACAAUAGACACCCACAAGACAAACCACCUUGCCCACACAAGCAACGCCAUACCGCUGUCCACCUACAUGGUGGGAAAACAAGACACCCAGAGUGCGACUGCGAAGACCGAUCAAGUCGCAAGUGAUCGCGCACCACUCCACACCUUCUGAACUGGACACGGACGCGGCUCCAAAAGUGAGGAAGCUCAGUCGAGCACCCUGACGAGCGCACCAGCCUGGGAGAUUUGGCACGACUGCUUACUGCCCUCGCUCCAGGCUGCGGCCUACUCCGCGACAGACCCCUCAAGUCUCCUCUCACCCUAGGGAGCACAACACUCAGCGGGUCAGCAGACUCACCAAGAAUCCCCGAGCUGUACCAACGACCCGACACGGGACUUAUGAUUUAAAUGACCUGAGGGUGUGGGGGGUAAAGACUGGGGUUGGUGGGUGGCUACCUUGCAGAAUUUAAGCCACCAGCAUAGUUACGGGGUAGGAUGAGCCACCCGACUCCAAGCAAUGCCUUAGCAGAUGCAAGCCUCUUAUCCUCCACCUCCCACACAAUAGGGAUAAAAAUCCCACUGUUAUCCCCUAAUGUCACUACUCUGUUAUCCUUGUGUCAGUCACCUUGUCUUCCCAACAUUAGCAUGUUUCACGAUCUAUUUUACACCCAUACUCACCAUGUCUGAUACAGCAUAACUCAACAUUUCCCUCUUACUAUAUAGCCUAGACAUGAUCGGUUUCACCUGGACUCUAAACCAUACUAUAAAAAAAUAAAUGUGCUGCAUACUCAAAUGCCAUAUAAAUGUUAUGCUUUGUCUAAUUGCUUGUUUGUCACUGCUAUUGGGGCAUUGACAGAAUGUCUGUAAAUCAUAUGCAAGCAAAAAUAAAGAAAAAACAAACAAACAGAGAGAGAUGAUGAUCAGGAUUGAAGGGUUCAAGUGCCAGAAGGCACAUAGGAACCAUGGGGAAGAGGCUAGGAGGACAGCAACAUGCAAGUACCUCCACAGAGUCUGAUAUGUCAUGAAGUCGCAGCUCAUUGAUAAUAUAUUAGCAAUGCAGUAUACACUGAGAGAGACCUACCAAGUUUAAGGCGAUAACUGUCUACCUUUUUAUGAAUUAUGUGUGAGCUUUUUAAUAGUAUUCCUUUUAUGUUCUUUUAUAGCGCUCCAUCUUGCAGUGAUGCAUGGCCGUUUGAACAAUAUCCGCUGUCUUUUAACAGAAUGCAAUGUGGAUGCUGAAGCACUUAACUUAAGGUAACAAUAGUCAGGUCAUUAUGUAACGAUUUGAAUUCAUUAAAAUAUUUUUUGUUGAAUUACAAAAUCCAUUUGAGUAUUUUAAAUGUUAGCAUUUGUAUUAUAUUUGUUACUUGCCAUAAAACAUUCCAGGCAUAAUAUAUGUACAGCCAGAGUGUAUGAUGAUGUAUUUUUAUGAUGGCUGGGUUUAAUUUAAAGGAACACAAACAUGUAUUUCUGACCCUACAGUGUUAAAACUACCAUUUUGGUGGCUUGCCCUCCCCCUUACCUUAUUUCCAGCACUGCACUGGUCCGUCUGCACUUUCCCUGCCCCUGGUCCGUCUCCUUGCCGAGAUUUCAGCCAACCCAGAAAGCAUUGGAUUGGCUAAAAUCGGCAAGGAGGCAGAACGGGGGUGGGGAUAAUCAGCACCUCGUCGUAGAGAUACAUUGAAUCGGUGCAUCUCUAUUAGGAAAUGUUCUCAGCAUUGAGACGCUGAAUGGCUGUGCAGCACCUUCCCCAGAAAGCACCUCCAGUGGUCAUCUGGAGGUGUCCCUAGGGGGCAAUGUAAACACUGCCUGCAGGUAAUUAUUAUACUCUCCAGAACAACGACCUUAAGCUGUCCCUUUAAAUUAUGUUUUUUCCACUGCUUUGUGCUCUGUUUUCCCAUAAAUUCUGCAAUGGCUUAUGUGUAAAUUGUUAGUUUCCCUUAAAGUGUUACUUCAAGCAACACAACCACUUCAGUGAUUUGAAGUGGUGAUGGUAUUUGUAGUCUGUAUGUGCAGCAUUUCACUCUGAACUGCUGCACAUGCAGAGUUAAAUAACUUUGCUGGAGUUGUUACCACUGGCAGCCACAUUAGCCAGCCCAAAACGAGAGACUAAUGUUAAUUUUGUGCAUAUUUGGCAUUUGUUGUCAGCACACAUAGCAUGCUGGCGACAGACGUCCCAUGGCCAAGUACAUGCCAUGCAGUAAGGGGGAAUUAAGUCACUGGAGGAUGAUCAGUCUGCUAGGAGAACUUGGCUUUACAGUGGGGUCUAAGGUAAGUUUAAUUUUUUUUUUUUUUGUGUGUGUGUGUAAACACUCGGAGGAGAGCAUGCUAGCAAGGCUUACUUCAACCAAAAUAGUGUUUUAAUUGAAGUAACCCUUUACGUCUUAAGAGUACUAUAGUGGAUACCUUGCUUACAGUGCCACACCACACUGCCUAGGUCCAUAAAUGUCAAAACAAUUGUCUUGUUCAUUGUACAGUGGCAAAAUUGACUAGCUAUUGAUCCAAUCAUAGGAUUCACUACUGAUAUAAAUCCUAUCAGACAUGUCUGGGUGCCCUUCCGUUUCAUUUUGAAAUGACCAAUACUGGAUUGUCUAUUCUUUAUAAAUAAUCGGCAUUAUUUAUAACCCUUAAUAUGUGGUUUAAUGUUACAGAGGCCAGUCUCCAAUGCAUAUUUUGGGACAAUAUGGAAAAGAAAAUGCAGCUGCCAUAUUUGAACUUUUCCUAGAAUGUAUGCCAGAGUACCCACUUGAUAAACCUGACACAGAAGGAAAUACAGGCAAGUAGUACCACAGUUGUUAAAAGAAAGUGUUCAUGUUUAACAUUUAGUUUCACUGUUAAAUUAAUAGAACUUGCCAAAACAUUGUGUUUUUCUUGUGUUAAUGUCUAGGAAUUUCAAGGAAACUGAUUAAUAAAACAUGAAAUGUGGCAUUCUCUCUUUCACCUCUUUUUGUACACCAGGAUAACAGACAAUUGUUUUAGCAUGUAUUUGUUGGUGUAUUUAGAAAUAAUUGCUCACUUUCUUACUAACAUUGUCUAUAUUAGAAGUUGUGUGUGACACUUUAAAAUGGAGACUAUAUAUGUUGUUUUUUUUUUUUUUGUUUGUUUUUUUUUUAGUACUCCUCCUGGCCUAUAUGAAAGGAAAUGCCAAUCUUUGCCGAGCCAUUGUGAAAGCUGGUGCCAGGCUUGGAGUAAACAACAACCAAGGAGUUAAUAUAUUUAACUAUCAAGUUGCUACAAAGCAACUUCUAUUUAGACUUCUAGGUAAGCAAAAGCAGUUGGAUAAAUACUGGCAGUUACUGCACUGGUCCUUGCUGUCAUGUAAUUGUCAUUGUGUUUUGUUUUUUGUUGUGGGAGUGGGUCAUUCUUGCUACAAAUUGUCAAAUACAAAAAUGUUUUUGUUACAUUAGGGAGUAAAUAGUAUGGCAUUUGUUCUUUGUUUCUAUUUACAUGAAGUUAUGUGAGCAAAAAAAAAAAAAACUCAAAACAGCCAACUGAUUUGUUCUGCCUUUAUUUUUAGACAUGCUUUCACAAGAGCCACCCUGGUGUGAUGGAUCAAACUGUUAUGAAUGCACAGCCAAGUUUGGGGUCACCACCAGAAAGCAUCACUGGUAAGAUGAAAUCUCCAAGCCCCCCAAAACAUAUAUUUUUGAUAAUGUGCAUUUAAAACCUAUUUGUGAAAUGUGAAGAAUUUUUUCAUUCAAUACAAAAUAGUUGUUUUUAAAGUGAGGAUAAGAAUACAAGAUUUAUAGUUCAUUAUUUUAUAUUUAAUGUUCGAAAGAAUAAAAUAGUACUUUUAAUGCUUACCUUUUUCUUUUUAUGUUUUCUUGCAGCCGACAUUGUGGACGUCUGCUAUGUUAUAAAUGCUCAACCAAGGAGAUUCCCAUUAUAAAAUUUGACCUGAACAAACCAGUACGAGUUUGUAACAUUUGCUUCGAUGUGUUGACGCUGGGCGGAUUCUCUUAGUAUCGGUGGAGAAAUAGACCUUUUGGUUUUUGAAGGACAGCAUUUCUGUUGAGAUAUCUUCCCAACCAAGCAGAAGGACUUUGCACUUCCAUCAUGGACUUAAUGGACCAUAUAAUGAUAUAUUCCAUUAUAAACAAUGUGUAUGAUUGUACAUGUAUAGGCUUUACUAGAUGCUAACUGGACUCCCCAAAAGUCCAGUGAUGUAUUUGGAAUGGUAAAAUAUUGACCUGAACCUUAGGCUGAACAGAGUAUCGAAGUGGUUCAACCCAGACGCAUUUGAGAGAAGCCCUCUGUCCAGAUGAGUUCUUAACACCCCUCCCAUUGACACAUCCUAAAAUCUUGUCAACCAUAUCUUUACAAUUAUGUCAUAAAUAUCCCGCUGAAUUUGGGGAAAAACAAUGUUUUCUAAAACAGGGUUUAGUUUUGAAGAAAGCCAAUUAAAAAGUGGCCUUAAAAUAUCAGCUUUAUAACCAACACUUAAGUGGAGUUGUGGUAGAACUGUGUUCAUUCAUGUAUGCCCCUUUUUUAUCGGGGAUAUGUCUAGGUAAUCUGUAUGAAUAACUUACAAAACAUAUUUACCCCAUGUUAAAAGGCCUCUUACAUUAUUACUUGCGUGGAACUGAUUAUUUUCACUGUUUAUUCUUUUCCCAAUCUUCCUUUUGUUAGCCAUGCUCCUCAAAGUAAGUGCGCUGUGAAACAGGAGUCAAUUUGUCAAAAUGUUUGAACACUAAUGUGUCCUAAGUUUAAAAUAUAUUUAAAAAAAAAAAAAAAAAAAAAUAUAUAUAUAUAUAUAUAUAUAUAUAUAUAUAUAUAUAUAUAUCAUGAAUCUAAUCAUUUGAUAUACAAAUUAAAUAUCUAAACUACAUGGAUUAAUUACACAAGAUAACGUGUUUUAUAGCUGUAUUUUUUUAUUUGAAUACUAAUGGUAAUCAUUUUGUUCCAAUGUGUAAUUAUACAUUAACAAAAAUGAGUGUGAAAAUGUGAUUUGUUGAUGCAAAGGAACUUUUUUUGUGGGGAAAGAAGUUGACUAAAAGAUGCAGCAGUUUAUUUUAUAAAGUUUAGUAAUUGCACAUAUAGUUUAGACUUGAGUAAUAUCAGUGCACUUAUUUUCUGCAAAAUAAUUUUGCCUUAAUUUUUAGGAUACUGUUUACCUUUUCUGAUAUGUGUAAUUCUAUCAGAACUAGAUAUACAACAAUGAACGAUAUCCCAGUAAAUAUAAAGUUCUAUGCCAUGCAAAGGAUUAAAUAUGUAGUUUGCCCUGUUUUUAGUUUCUCAGAGCCAUAUACAUUUUAGUCUGUAGUCACAUCAUAUAACUUGGGAUCAAUGAUGGCUGAAUCUCUUGGUUGCCAAAGCAGCAUAAGACAUUUUUAAAGCUUUUUGAUGUUUAGGGGGAAUAAUAAAAUGACAGAUAACACUCCUGUUUUAUCGAACACCCUUUAACCCCAUUUUGACUUUCUAUUUCAUUCAGUAUGGUGUUUAUGUGACUUAAUUCAAGAGAGAUGUGUGUGGAUUCAAAAUAUUGUUUUAAUUACACUUUAAUGCAAGAUUUGCAUAAUUUUUUCACUAAUUUAAUAUACCUGAUCUGAUGUCAUGCUAAAGUACAUUCUAAAACUAAAACAUAGGACGGGUAAUAAAAAAAGGUUUGAAGUCAGGAUAAAAAGUAUGUGCUUGAUGAGGUUUGGGCUGUGAUCUCUUGAUUUUUAUAAGGUUAUUUCAAGUUCCAUGACUUCUAAUGCUUUCAGAAGUGAAGAGGAAGGUGUCUGUUUGUCUGUAAAUGCUGCACAUACUGAGUUAUCUGCACUUUUGGAACUAGGUACACACCCAGUACAUGUGACUCUGUUCCUGGUUGUCUAAUGUUAGAUCUCUGUUAAAAAACUAUGCCUGUCAUCAGCAUGCUGGAGACAUGUAAUGAGCUCUUACGCUUGUAGGCAGAUCACAUUUCCUAAUACCCAUCCAUUUGUUGCCGGUGAGAGCUCAAUGAGAAGUAUUUAAUUUUGGACCAUGGAGACUGAAGCAGUGAUUCCAGAUAAGUUUCACAUAGUAGGCAAUACUAUUGCAAACAAUAAGUAAUGGGACAAACAAUAUGUAAUAGAACACUAGAAUCUCUAAAACACCCUGUAAGCAACAUCUUAAAGGGGGAACUCCAGACCCUAAAGCACAUUUUAACUUGCUAAAGUGCUUUGAAUGUAAA